CAAAGAUACAAAACGAACGGAGCGAGCGACCAGUCGGGUCAGUAUUUUCUUGCGCGUCGGCCCACUCAGACGCGCGCCGAGUGUGUCAGCUACCACUCGUUCUCGCGCACACCAACUGCACGUGGUUCGCGCCCGAAUCGUGUUCGAUUUUCAUAAUAUAUAAAUAAUAUAUUUUUUCGUUACGUUUUGUAUUGUUUUCUUUUUCAGUUAAGUCGUAAUUUUUUGUGUCGCCGAUUUAAGUGUUUUUUAUUAUUAUUAUUUUUAAUUUUCCUAAUUUAAUAUAUACAUAUACGAAAACGCAUCGCGCACGAGGUGAAGUUGCCGAUUUUGACGAACCACAUUUGCCAACAAUACCGACAAAUAAUAAUAUUAUUUUAUACAAUAUAUUAUAAUAUCGUAACAUAAUACGGCGAUUUUGGACAAUUUAUUAUACCGUAAGUUUCUGAAAACACGUUACCGCAUUAUACAUCUCGAUGUAUUAUUAUAAUCAAUUACCGAACCGUGAAUAUAUAAUAACAGUGACUGGUGUUUUAAUUAAAAAAAAAAAAUCGACUUGACUUAUAUAUUUUAACGUAUAGUUAUUUCAUUCGAAUGUAACUAUAUUUUUUUUCUAUUGUUAUUUAGCCACCGAAUUAAUAAUAUAUUAUUUGACCUAAAACACCGGUUGUUAAUAUAAAUCCAAUCAUUUUGAAGAAGCUCAGUCAUUAUUCGAUACCUAUAAUAAAAUAAUAUUAUAGAGAAAGACAUUUAUGUUUUUAUUAAUUAAUAAUUAUUUUCUGAUUCGUUAGGAUUUUUGAAUUUUUUUUUUUAUUAUAUUGAAAUUACUUUUGCGUACGCUUUUUAUUAGCGAAAUUAGAGCGUGACCGAGUGGAAUCUCGUGUCUGGUGGGCGAUUAGCUGGCAGUGACUAUAUUUGAUUAAUUUUUUUUCGAAAUUUUUAUUUUCACGGUCAGAAUUCGAAACAAAUCACAUUAAAAUUUAAAACGUAUUCAUUUUCUGAAUAAAUAACAGUCCAAGCACAACGUUUGACGUUUAUACUACAAUAUUUGUACCUACUGACAAAAAUAUGUAUUAUACAUUAUAAUACUAUAUUUAUGAUUUGUGACAGUAAAUAGAAAUAACUAUCCGUCUUUGAAAUGUUUAAAAAGAAAAGAAAGGGAUUAUGUUAAUAGUAUUAAACGAUGGAUAUAAGCUGAUUAUUCUAGUAGUUAUGAUAAUUUAUAAUUCAAAAAGGCAUAUGUGAGCGAUAAACGAAUUUUAUUAUAAUAUGCGUACUGCAAUUGAUUUUCUAACCAGAUCAGGAUCAUCAAUUAAUUAUUUAAAAGUUAGAAAUGGUUUUAUAAAAAAGUUUUAAUGUAUUAUAAACAACUAUAUUAUAUACUUAACUAUACUUACUUAUAGAUAAGUAUUUUACAGUCGUAGAAAUAAUUUUAAUUUUAGCAAUUAUUUGUUUUAUUAUAAAAAAGAUUAUUUUAAAUAUAUUAUUUUCUAAUUCGAUUUAUUUUAUUCUGGGAAGUAAAACGUUAUGCAAAUCGUAUAAAAUUAAAUUAAAAACUGAUUAGAUAAAAAUAAUAUUAAAUAUCUUCUAUAAUGUAUUCAAUUUUGAAGUGAUCUCAUUUCGAGACUUUAAUGUUUAUAAUAUAAAAAUCGAUUUUAAUAAUGAUUUUAAUUAAUAAUAUAAUAUAAUAAUCUUUUUGAAGUAUGCCGAUGUUUUUAUGAGUUAAUUAAACAUACUUGUUUUAUAGGUUUCUUUUUUACUCGUGUAUACUAACUCUUUAUUUUAAUCUUAAUAUUUAGUAUAUACAGUCGUGUAUCAUUAUAAUGCUCUUGUAGUUUAUAAUACAGUAGCAAAUACAAAUAUGUAGCUAUUAUGUAUUUUUUUCCGUACAUGAGUUAUUUAAUUUAUCAAAUGUUAUAUUUAUGAGUUUUUUCUAUUAAAAAAAUAUAUAUUCUGUAACUCCGGUCGUCAACCUCCUUCGUGUAUUGUCACUGCGUUUAAGUCUCUCCCGGGGUUACACUCUAUAUACGAACGGAUUACCUACAGCGUGUUGUAUUAUUGAACGAGUAUUAAAAACUGAAUUGUGCACCGAAUUGAUUUACCAGUCCCUUGAGCGUUACAAAGUUAUAAUAUCACAAGUACACUUUUUAUAUAAGACACGUAUGGCCACUACAUACUAUAAUUUAGUAAGACGACCUAAAUAUCUAAACAAUCUAUACCAAAUGAAGGUCAACAUAUUAGGUAGGUAUACUAUUUUAUGGCACAUAAUAUAAUACCUAUAUAUAUAUAAUAAUAUUUUUAUAGGCAUUUCGAAACACAGGAACAGUACGCAAACUGAUUAGUUCGGUUGUUGGUUAUUAUGAUCCGGUGGAAUUUUAAUUAAUAACGUAUUCAGAUAGGCGUAUAGGUUAUAAUAAUACGAGUAUAUAAUAUAUAUAUAAACCAAUAUAGGUAUGCAUAUUUUUGCAGGUUAGUUCAAAAUCGAUAACCGUGCAUUUAUGUAGGAAAAAAAAUUCAACGGUUAGGUAAUAUUAAUUGUGAAUUCAGUUCGGUGUAUGGCCAGUAUAUAUCGAGAAAAUGUAUAUUUUUAAAUUAACUAUACUACCACCGUAUACGUGCAUGUGCAGCGUUUUAGUGUGUGUGUGUUUAUGUGUGCGUAUGUGCAAAAGGUAUGUGUAUAAUGUUCAUGACAAUACUCGCACUGGCCGGAGGUCGUCCCAUAAAUCAAGAGACAUUCAUGAUGGCACCGAGAAGAAGCAGGUCCACUAAGAGAUUUUGCGAAUAGAUAAUAUAAUGCCAAACGCCGGAGGAGUGGCGAGGGAAGAGAAAUAUACGGUCUGGACAUUGUUCUCGCUGUAGGUCGGGGGAUAAAUGAACUCACGUAUCGAUAUAUGUAGUGCUCUGGAGACAUUAUGUUGUUAUUAUUAUUUUUUUUUUUUGUUCUUUGAUUAUAUUAUAUCCUUGUCCUUAUUUUCUCCCUCGAACAACAAUGAGAGUACCAAUAACGUACCAAUCCUAAAAAUUUAGGUAGGUAUAUUGUGAAUUAUUAUUUUAUUUUAUUUUAUUAUUUUUCCUUAUAUUUCCCAAUGUUAUUUCCUGAUUUACGUGGAUUAAUAAUAGUACAAUAGUGUUGGGGAAAAAAAACUGAAUUUAACAAAAUACAAUUUCUAUAGAUUUGUAUGCUUAGUUUCGACAUUUUAUAUGAAUAGGUCGUAUUUUGCGGAUUAUAGUUCUAUAGUCCAACGAAAACCUGAUUAGAUCUUUCCAAUAUUAUAGUCUAUAUGUGUAACCGAAAUUCGAAACAUUAGAUAUUAUACGUAUAUUUAUUUUUUACGGCUAACUAAAACCUGUUUGUGAUAGUUUAAUACUUAUGUACCCUUUGGUAAUUAAUAAGAUAAUUACAUUUUUUUUUUUUAGUGUGGUACCUUUAAAUGUUUAAUAUUUUCAAAAAUAAUACAAGAGAAUGAUUUUCAGAAUGUAGGUGGGUUUACGCACUAAACGGUUCUGUGAAUUUUGAAAAUAUUCAUAACCAAUAAUUUGAUGUGAAUAUUAUAAAAUGUAGGUAGGUACACGUAUUUUAAUAUUGGUGUAAAUUAUGACAAAAAUCGAAUUUCAUAAAUAAAUAAUUUCAAUAGUUACUCGUACUUUAGAUAUGCAAUACAAUAAUAUAAUUGUCGACAAACUAUGUGUGUUUAAAAAUAUUCCAAUACCUAUAGUCUAAUACGUUUAUGGGAAUUUAUUUAAUUUUAAGUUAAUGGAUUUUACAUUUUUGAGAAAGAAAAAAAAACGAUUGUUGGCGAUUUAUACAAAUAAUAACUUAACGUCUAUACAUUUUAUAGAUUUGGAAUCGUUGGAAUCGAUUGUUAACUAUUCGUCGAGACUUUACAAUAUCAAUUUAUUAUACACCAGUAUGUACGCAGUACGUAAACGAUAAACUGUGUACAUGUUAAUGUCCGUCAUAAUUUAAUUACCCAUAAUGGGUAUAUAUAUCGACGACUAUAAUUGUUUUAUUAAUGUUUUAAUACGUCUGAGUCUAACAUUUUUAUAUUUUAUAGACGCAAUUUAUAUAGUACCGAACACGCGUCGUUUAACUCAUUUAGUCAUUUCAAAGCUGACAUUCUAAAGUUACGAGGAGUCGUCAAAUAAAAAUAAAAAAAAAUCAUAAAAAUAUACAACAAUAUUAUUAUAUUAUGAAGUUUUUUAUGGAAUAAAGCGAUCAAUUAAUUAUUUAAAUUAACAUAGUAUUAUUAUAAUGUUAUAGCUGUUGAAUUAUAAACUUUAAUGAUUUGUAAACUGUUGUAAAGUUUAUUGGAAUUUAAUCCUACGCCAUAUUCUUUUACGAGAUCUGCACGUAUAUGGAGGUUAGGUGUCAUAUUACUCCCUGCCAACUGGCAUUUAAUAUUAAAACUAUGAGUAUUUAUUUAGUAAUUUAUCUUGAAGUGUAUAUAUUUAUUCGCAUAUAAACAAAGUUACAAGGAAAAACUUAAUUUUUUGAUUAAAACUGAUUUUUUUGAUUAGGUUUUUAAAUUUCCAUUGCAGAGUUGGGUGAAGAAUAAAAUUUUACGAUUUAUUUAUAAUUAAUAUUUACUAAAACCCUUCCCGUUGAAAAUUUCUGGGCACGCCACUAGUCAUAUUAUUUAAUUACAUUCUACGUUGUAUGACCUAUACAUGUCAUAUAAAAAAAGGUACCUACUUUUAUUAAAACAAUUUUUUACAUUGCUUUUGAAAAAUAAUUAUUUUAGGACAUAUUUUUUAUUCCCGUCUAGGAUCAUUUCAAUAAUAAUGAUCCAACUGACAGUACAUUCAACAUGUAUAAGUGCAGAUACUAUUCAUUUAUAGCAUAUACGGAAUAAUAAUUGAUUUUCUAUAAUAUAAACCUACCGGUUUGAAUAAUGAUAACAAAGCCCAAAAAUUAAAUUAACAUUUUAGUAUUAUGUUAUUUUAACGUUUACAAUUACAUAUUUUGACAUUGACGUCUACAAUGGUAUACGGACAUAUCUAUGGGCACGUCACUAUAACGUAGUAUGUACUUAACUAUUAUACACAGUGUAAUAUAUAUAGGUAUCUUAUGUAUUAAUGGCGGUAUUACUUGUAUUUAUUCAAUAAAUAUUGUGGAUUUUUUUUUUAAUCUCGCAAUAUUCGAGAGAGUAUAUUAUAGCCCUUGAAAUACUUAUACCAACGGAAACAAAUGGCGCGCGUAAAUGUGAUUUUAAUUUUUAAUUUUAUUGUUGGAGAAAACAUGUGCUGUAUACGGUACCUACUCGAUAGAUACGGUUUUUUUUUUAAAUAUAUACUUUUUUUUUUUGUUCGACGAAAAACGGCCCGAGGCACGAAAAGUAAUUACUUGUUGCGUUUAAUGGCGACAAUAAACAUAUUUCUCUCUCUCUCUCUCUCUCUCUUACGAAACAAUGAAGUUGGAUUCAAUGAAAAGAGUUAUGUAGAGUACUCCCUUACGUGGUUACACAAUAAACGCGCGCGCGUUAUACAUGCAAAACAAAAAACACACACGUAUAAUACAAAUCUCCCGUCGGUUUUCUUUUGAAACGGCGUUUCGAGUGUUGGGAAUUUUUGUUCUUGUUCUUUUUCUUUUCGGAUUUUCGAGGAACCGCGUGCGUGCGUGCGUGUGUAUUAUCAGUCGUUGACACCGGGACCCGGCCGGUACCGACAUCUCGGAUACCUAUCGGUACCAUGGUCUUAAAAGAUAAGGCCAGGACUCUGGGCUAUCAAACGCGGCCGCUUAAAGAGGCAGUUUUAGUGAAUACCUAUUUUAUUCGCUAAGUAUUUCAAUAGCGUGACGAUCGUUAUUUUGUGUAUUUUGGGGUUCGGUUGAAAUAUCAUAAUUAUAAUUAAUUCAAAUAAAAUAAUGAUUAUAUUGUUAUUUAAUUAAAAAAACAAAAUGUAAAAAAUGUCACUAUCUACAUUUAAACAAAUAAAACAACCCGUAGUUUUUUAAAUUUUUUUACAAUUUUUAACAUAUAAAAAGGGUAAAGUUUGAGGCGCUUUCUGAAAAAAAUUGGUUAUAAAGUGAACUGGAAUCGCCUUUCUAAGCAACAACAAAAUUAAGACAGUGGAGACAGUCAAUGUCCCGACCUUAUCUUUCAAAACCGUGCUCGAUGUACUGUCGUCGUUGUCUUUGACGAUAAUAAGUCGAUAUUGUCUUCGUCGACUCCUAACAGCUGUUUAUUGCUGGCGAGCGUACAUUUUCGCCUCUCACGAUCUCUGCUUUUUUUUUAAUCAUGUCGCUAGAACAACGCACAAAUCACAAAGUUAAUAAAACUCGGCCCGUGCCGUUCAUUAUACUCGUAUAAUAAGGCAAGUACCAAUCGCCUUGCAGUUGUACAGGAGAUCAAGGAAGCAAAGUAGAAAAAAAAUCCCGGCCGCGGUGCCGUUGCGAUACUAUCUGGAUCCAGUGCAGUGUAAAAAGGAUCUCUACUAUUAUAAUAAAUACACAGUGGGUCAAUAAACUCGAACCCGAGAAAAACCGACUCGACAUAACAUCGAAAAAAGAAAAAAAGAACAAUUUGAAUUCCGUAAGGAUAAUACAACGAAAAAUGUGCGGUUAUUUAUUUAUGCACAUAAAUCAUUAUAUACUUAUUUAUUUUACAUAAAAAAUAUUUUAUUAUUUUUCCUAAUAUAUAUUAUAUUGAAUAAUCGUACUAAUAUCGGGCUUAUUAAAAUAUUUUUAUAUUUCGUAAAUACUUCAUGAUCAUCAUGUACACGUACUUCUACUUCAUAUACUAUGCUACACAUAUGUUUAGUUUAAGACCCCAUUUUUCACAUCGCAUACAUUUAAAUCUUAAUCAGUUAAGUUAUAACAAAACAAAAAAAAAACAAUGCUUUCUAUUUAUUAUUAUAUAUAUAUAUAUAAAAUCUAACUUUAAUAAUUAUUUUGAGUUUAAAAUUUUUUUUAUAAUUUCGGUCGAUCAUUGAUCUCUUCGAUUAAUUUCCAUUGCAUAUAAUAUUAUAUUGAUGUGCGUUAUACACAUAUUUUGUUGGUUCGUAUAUGUAUAAAAAAAUAUCAAGUGAGAGUGGACAGUUGAUUUUCUAGUAUUUUUUUUUCUCGUACGCAUUUAUUUUUGAUUAGAUUAAUGGAUCAGCGUGAUAUAUUAAGCCGUUACUGACACUAGGUUGUUCACGUAAACACGCGUUAUAAUUCGAAGACCUUAUUGAAAAAAGAAUUAAUAAUAUUUGCUCUAAAUGAAAUCUCAUAUAAUAACAAUCCAAGGUAAAUGAAACGUUCACGCCUUCACAAUUACGUUACAAUUCAUAUUUUUGGUCAAACAAAAAUAUUAUCUUACAUUGAUGAUAAUUGAGAUUAUUAUAAUACUUUUAUUAUCUACAGCGACAUACCCAACGAGUUUAUUUUAAAUUUUUAACUCGAUGUUAGUUUUUUUUUCUCAAAUUCGACACAGACAGAAGUGUCAACGAUGAAUUUCGGCAACCAUGCAUUUGUCCCCAAUUGAAGUCACAUUUAAUGAACGAGUCCUCUCUCCGUAUUCAUUCAUUGUUCUUUUUCUGUAUGCAGUUGAUUAAAACGUCUAUACCUAAUCAUAAUAAUAUUGUAAUUAAACGUUCGUGCAUUCAUUAAAACAAUAAUAUAAUAAUCGGAAUGUUUUUACUUUUGAUACCAAUGUUAUCUUAUAAGGAAGUAGGCAUGUACUUAGCACGCGCAGACCAACAGAUGUAGUUAACGAAACAUAUAUUAAUAUGCUAUUAUUUGAGGAUACAACAGUAUGAUCACUCUAAUACUCGUUUGAGUUCAUUCGCAGAGCGACGGACAGGGUGCACAGGAGGCGAAUAAUGGACUUAUAACGACAAUAAAUCUUAUCCCCCACUUCAUCCGAUUUUUGUGAUAUUCACCGUCAAUAUAUAUGAUUAUUAUUGUAAAGACGAAUAAUACGAUAAUACGUACCUAUACAAUCGUACGUACUUACUUAUAAAUAUUAUUUGCCCAGAUCGACAGUGAAGAAGAAGAUACGGUCGAUGGUCAUUCCGAGUCAAAUCGAUUAUGUACGCGUCAAAAAUGAGUAUGUAUGUAUAUGUGAAUGUGUGUGUGUGUAAAUAAAUAAUAUGAAAGAAACGAAAAAUAUCGUUGCGUGGGGAGAGGUAAGGAAAUACUGCGGGCACGAAAAUAUAAUUUCGUGCGUAUAUCUAUUAUAUGAAAUAUGGGUGUUCGUGUGGCUUAUUUGUUAAUUUGGAAUCGGGUUAAUAGCCGAAAAUAUCGUUACACAACACCUGGUCCUCCUCGGUGACCUUGAAACACACUCAUUUCCCAUGUUAAUCAUAAUAUUAUUAUAAUAUGUAUGCAUUAUAUGCGCGGCUACUAUAUACAACAACUAAUAGUGCAGCGCGUACUGCAGGUAAUAUAUGAAUGGCCACCAUUCGAGUGCACACCCGGUCCGAUAAUAUAGGCAUAAUCGGGGAUCGGCAGCCAGCGGCAAUGGUGAUUUCGUGGUAAAAAAAAAAUAAUGAAAUAAAAUAUACAAAAUCACUAGUUGAGGGAGAUUAAAAAUUCAACGUCUGAAAUCGUGAUAAAAUUUUAAUAAUAAUAUUAUUACGAAUAUCGCGUUACAUUGUAAACAUGCGUAAAACGGUUGUGCACAAAAUAUUAUAUUAUUAAUAAUCUGUAGUGGCAAAACGAAACACGUGUACUGAGAUUCUGACUAGUGUACGUUUGUUAUGACCUAAGUUAUUUGACUCGUGACUUAUAUGUAUAAUGCGAUGACGAAGAUCGUCUAAUCCAAAAAUGUUUACUGUUCCGCGUGUUUAUAUAUGUUUUCAAAUUAGUUGUGAUUAGUAACAGACUAAUAAUCUGAUCAUAUAGACAACUGAUUACAAAAUAUAAGUCUUCUAAGUUUCAUAAGUUUAAAAUCAUAUCAUUUUAUAUAAUCUAAAUAUGCACUGAUAGAAAAUGGUAAACUUUUAAAAUUAUUUACUCGUUCCUUAUUUUCCUAUUAGUCUAUUACUCGAAUAGGUAUACUUGUACAUAGGUAUGAGCAUACAUACGUUACAUUACAUCCAUCUAAUGCAUACCUAAUUCAAUAUUCAAUAGCAAUGAAAGUAAAAAAUAAAAUAUGAAUAAUUCAUCAGUGAGUAGGAAUAUUGUUUGAUGUUAUUAUAUAUAGGUAUUUAAUAAUUUAACUUUUAUUUUAUAUAUGUAUAUUUUUUUAUUUAUUAUAAUAGUUUCACACGCUUGUUUACAAUAGUGUACGCGUACCUUUAUAGUAUAUAUGCGUAACCACAAGUUUGACAUUCAAAAAAAUCGGGUUCUUUCGUUAAAUUAUUUUUCAUCACGUGGUGAUUAUUGAAAUUACUUUUUAAUACAGUAAAAAUUAAAAUCAAUAUAUUAUUAUAUAUUAUUAUAUUAUACAUGUACAUUUUCAGCCAAUCGGAAUUUAUAUAAUUCGUCAUGAGGCUAUUUACAAAAGAGAAGUCGUAUGAGUAUACUAUUUUUAAAACGACUGUUUAAAUUUUAUUAGUUUUACCUUUCGUACUCUAGACUUACUAAAUUAAAACAAAUAUAAUUACAUUACAGUUAACUUUAUAAAUUUCGUACAAAGUUAGAAAUGUAUCGGUUUUACUAGAUAUAUGAUUAUUUUGUGUUUGUAAAUAAUUUUUCUAUUAGUGUUAAUAAAAACAUUAUAGUAAUUUUCUUGUAGAAUUUUUAUUUUUAGUUAUCGGUGUAGUGAAGUAAUUUUUUAAUUUUUCUAGCAGUUUUCUUAAUAAAAUAGGAAAAACUGGCACAUUUUCGUAUAAGUUUUAUUGAUUUCUGGGUUAUUUUGACAACAAGGAAAAAAUAUGAUUUAUAAUAUCUGUUUAGAAUCGUUAUUCGUAAGCAAUGGUUGUGUACAGGUAUAACUUUGUACACCAUCCCUUUCAACUCUUAAAACAGUUGCACACUCAUCAGCAGUAUCAGCUUAUUUUUAAUUUGAAAAAAUUAAAAAUUAAAAUUAAAAUUCGCGAAAACAGCAAUUAGUAUUAUUUUAAACAUUAAUACUAUGGAGAUCUAGAUAAUAAAGAUUUUGAUACCCGAUCGUGUUCGUAUUACAUUCUUUGUAUAAUGUGUCUUCUGCAGUGUCUCGCGUUAGAUUUAUAAAUUAUCAUAAUAUAUCUUCGGUCCCAGGGGAGAAGGGCUCAUAUAAAUUGUGUUUAGCUUCAUUAGUACAAGCAAAUUAAAUGUUAAAAAUAAUACACUCAUGUAAUUUAGACUAAAAAUAAAGGGAAUGGGGAAGGAAAUUACUAAAGAAAAAAUUAUAAAAAAAAAAAAUUGAUUUAAACCUUUCUUCACUCGGACCAAAAAUAUAUUUAUAUAUCGAUAAACCGUUCUAACGACUUUUACAAAAUAUCUUAUUCUAAUGAUUUUUGUAUUCAAAAGUAAUUUUAUAAAAAUGUUAACAUGUGUCUGCCACAGAUACUCUGACCAUCAUAAUAAAAUUUGUCAUCGUGGACGUUUGGAAUUUUAUCUCCCUUGUCGGCCGCCGUCGUCGUGUAGUUGUUUCGCAACGCUCUACUAUAAUAAUAAUACAAUGUAGUGGAGUCACCCGUGCGAUAUUCUCUCGGAGACGUUGAUAUAAUUUAUAACCCACUUAACGGAAAAAGUAAAAAGUAAAAAAAUAAAAGGGAAAUAGCGACAAAAAAAAAAAUACUCCAGACAAUGGAAUACGUUGUACGUGCGUAUACACAUUUGUGGCGCAUAAAUAAUUCAUUUAAAUAAUAAUGAUAAUAAUAAUCGACGUAUUAUUAUUACACUUGCAGUAAUACAAUGCACUAUAUGCGCUUUCUCUCCUUGUGCUGUGUAAAUGGUCGUCUAGCUCGCGUCGUAGGUGUCACAUGCGCCUCGACAAUAUUAUUAUUGUCCGUUCACCGCCACCCCGCUCGACAGCCUUGACACUGGUAUCAUAAAUUUCUUGUUUAAUCGACAAAAACCGUAGUACAUAUCUAUGUGUAAAUCCUGUGUACGUUUUGAUAACGAAACCCUGCACUGGUGAAACGUAUAUAUUAGGAGAGGAGAAGGACAGUGGCGUACGCAGGGGGGUUAAGGUGUUGAAGCCCCCCCCCCAUUGAUCAUUUUUAUAUUUAUAAAUAUAUAUCUGCGGAUUGGUGCAAAAAUGGACAAUGUCAUAUUUUGUUUUAAAAAUUAGUUAGAAAUAAAAAAAUAAAAAGUGUAAAAUUAUUUAUUUUCUAAAUACAAUUUAGAUACAAUGAAAAUUACACAAACAUUUGCAUUUAAUAAAAUACACAGAGCCUUAUAGGGAAAUAAAAUUACAAAGCCCAUUUUCUCGAGCGAAGAAGCUUAUGGUUUUAAAAAAAUGUAUAUUUCUUUAAUUUUUUUAAAUUUGUUUUAUCUAUUAACUACCAGAAGAAUUACUAGUAUUUUUAUGUGUAGGGUCUUUUCUGAAAGGAAAUUGGUAUGAGGAAGUACUUUAGGGAGGUAAUUUUUCGAUUUUCCCAAAAUUUUUUUCAUCAAAUGUGAAAAACCGAGAAAAAAAACAGGGAAAUGUACGAAAUAUAAUAAAUAUAAAUUACGAUUUUUUUUCCUGUGAACAACUUUUUUACCAGCAACUCCAAAUUUUAAUGAUAGCAAUGUUUCUGAAAGGAAAUUUCACUGGGGAGGUCAUUUUUCGAUUUUCUCAGGAGUUUUCCCAGAAAAUGUGAAAAACCGGAAUAAAACUUGGGAAAACCGGGAAAAACGUAGGAAAUUGGGAAAAAUCGGUACAAUAUUAAACAAAUGUCAAAGUAAUACUAUUUUGUAACUUAGGUUUUUCUUCAUUUUUUUUGUAUAAAACGUAUCUCAUAAUUUUGCAUACUAAAAUAACUAUUUAAUAUACUCUAUGUACACUGACACACUGAAUACAAACUAAUAAAUCUGAAUUCAAAACAAAAUUAUUUUUUUGGAUAAAAGGGCCUUGCCGAGAAUAUAUAGUUUAUUCCCAUCAGGACUAUGGCCACAAUUUCGGUUACACGAAUUGGACAGAGUUACCUUUAAUGGAUUUUUCUUUAAUAGAUUUUAGAGUACCCUUUAAUUUAAUGAGAAUCAAAAUUUUAACAUAAAUUACUUUAGGAUUCCUCCCUUCCAACCUAACACCUACAACAUGUAUGUAUCAGCAUUAUCAACUGUUUUACAUUAUUGUUAAUGGUUUGUGUAUUUUUUUCGAAUUGUCGCGGUAAUGCAGUGCGCCAAUAUUAUUACGUAUAAGUCACCGACGUCGUCGGAGUUCGGGAGCCGUGACGGCGGCGCACGGCGCGUGGCGGCCGUACAUGACGAUCGGCGAUAUGUGCAUAAUAUACGAAAAUACUCGUAAUAAUAUUGUAUUAAAGGUGUAUGUACCGGAUGAUUUAUUUAACACCGUGGCAUGGUUAUUAAUUUAUUAAAAAUAUAUCAUUCAUGCAGUUUUUAAGUAUACUGAUUAUAACGAUACGUUUUUGGAAGAAAAAACCUUAUUUAUUUUUUUUUCCAAAUCUAAACGUUUGUUUUUAAUGGCACUUUAAAAUGAAAAUAUUUUACAAGAACAGGUUAGGUUAGGUUGCAAUACAAUUUCAGAGAGUUGACGAAUCGGCAAAUGCUCAUAAAGAAAAAAAAAGGUUGGAAUUAAAAAAAAAAAUUAGUCGACACACGGAGAUUCUGGUACGUCGCAUAAAAGUACUUAAAAACGAAUCAAAAAAUCGACCGUGGUUUGAAAACGGAUCGAUCGAGAUUCACGUAUCGGACGGGAAGAUAAAAUCGUCUAAUACGUCGGACGGGUAGUAGUAAGGCGGAUGAGAUCGACGACGACAAUGCGCGCUACCGGUUGCUGAGGAGUGCUGUCGGAAAACGCAUACACAUAACUGUUUUGCCGUCACCGCCCGCUGUUAAUUCGUGUUAGACAGUGUGCGUUUGUGUGAGCGGUGACGGAUCUGUAAAGCGGAAGAUAGUAAGUAGUAAUAUAGUACCGCGGUAGUAGUCGAUAACGUCCGCUACAAUCCAGUAGUGUGUCCGGGGAUUUUCAUUUGGAAGGGAUGUCAUGUAAAUCAUAAUAGUGAUUCUCGAAUAAAUCGUCUUAUGUUAUUUACAAAAAACCAACUGAACGCUGUGAAUAUAAAAGUUCGGAUCCAAAAAAAGCAAAUGUUUGUAUUCAACAAAUAGAGGGUUCUUUAUUCCAUAUAACUAUUGGGCACUUGGCCGUAAUAGUACAUAAUUUCAAAAUACAAAUUUUAAAUAAAUAUACUUAUACUCGUAUAGUUGUUGUAUUUAUAAACCAACGACCGGAGUGGGUAUAUAACCCCUAACCUCUCCCCUUGUGCACGUCACUGAUGAUAAUUUAAUAUUUUUAAUAUUUUAAUAUAUUUAAUAAAUUAUACGUCUCCUUCGGUCCUCUUGCGCGUUUAUAAUAACAUUACAUUAGAGGAUUAUAAACGAAUGUUGAAAUGAGCGCAGGGACAAAACCGUUGAACCGGUAUAAUAUAUAAAAGGGGGUUAAACGACGACGAUUUCUCUGAAUAUACGUUACCUGUUAUAAGGAUCAGAAAUAAUAAGACGCGGAGAUUGAAAGAGAUAAUAUAAUUUUAUACCAAAGCAGUUUUAUUUACGAUAAAAAUGCGAGUCAGCAUUUAAAAAUAAAUUGAAAAAUACCCAUUGAGAUUUGUGUGUACGCUUCUGGUUUUUUUUUUUUAAUUGAACAUACGUACUAUUCGGGUAAACCGUGAGUUCCGCCCGUUUGAGUUUACGUAUAAUUUCUCUGUCAGUCUACAGCAUGUGCGCGUCCAAUAAUAAUAAUAUUAUCCAAUACGACGACGUGCUGCGUACUAAGAAGCGGUUAAUGCGCCGAAAGAGAUUUUUAAAUUAAUUUUGAACCGCAAACGCGCCUAUAAUAACAUAAUAAUAAUAUUUAAUUGAUAUUUUUUAAUUAGAAUUCUUCUAAAUGUUUAACGAACUUAAAUAAUAAUAAUAAUAAUAAUAAUAGGUACAUAAUAUUUCGCUCGGUUAACGAUUUACAUUUUAUUAUUUUUUACGAUUCGAAUCGUAGAUCCCUAUUUUUAAUAUUAUAAAAUAUAAAUUCAUUCCGUAUCGAUUGUAUAGGUGUGUUUUUUUUUUAAACGGAUAUCCACUACGAUCGUACCCGUGAUAAUAAUAUUAUUACGUCGGACAUAAAAGCAAACAUUUCGUACCAAUAAUAACGUGAUGCGUCUAACCCGUAACCUAACCUUGUACGUCGUUUAAUUAUUUUCCGUAGAAUUUUUGAAAUCGCUGUAAAAUUGUUAUGCAACGGAUGGUCAUAGGUAAACAACUGUAUACAUAAUAUGAUGUAGGUAACGCGUAUUGACAUCCAAAACAAUAAUAAUAAACGAGUAAUUUAUGCACAUUGACUAGUUUUUAUCAGCGGCAGGUAAAGUUUUUAGCAGGGACUAAAAUAGUGUGUAGUACGACACAUUUUGUGUAACACAAAAUGUUAGGUGUGCCGUGUACGAAAUUGUGUAGCGGCUAUAUUAUGCAAUUUAUUUGUAUAAUUUGUUUGCACUUUUAAUAAUUUUUAUUGGGGUAAAAAAAUUCUAAAUACAUUUUUGUAUAACAUAUUGAAUCAUAAAACAUUGACAAUUAAACAUAUUAUUUCAAAGAUGAUGAAGGAACAGAACAGAUUAAAGGUACUUUUAAUUCAUGGGUACCUAUAUAGGUAAUACUCUAUAUAGGUAAUAUAUUAUUAAAUAAUCAAAGCCGGGUCAAAACUGAUCAUAUGUGUAGUUAAUAUUUAUUAUAUUUAUUUCAUGAAGAGUAGAUUAUAUUAUUUAUUCAUUUUUUAAAAUUGUUUUGAGUUAAUUUAUAUAAAAAAAAAGAAACAAAUAAUUAUACUAACUUAGUCCCCCUGAGAAAAUCUAAAAGAACAUCUUUAAUGUAGGUACUAUAUUAAUUUAGAAUCCAGUCUUUAAAAAUAAAAAUAUGCACUAUUUUUCCUUAUAUGACGAUACAUAGAGAAAAAUAUAAAUUGAGAAAAUUAAUUAAUUUGUGAAAGUGGUAUUUUUUUGUUGAUGUGUUGAUCAAAAAUUUCUCCUUCCCCCUAUAAAUCCAGGGGGAAGGGAUUGAUGAUACCUAUAAUAAAUAGUAUAUGGUUUGAUAAUGUAAAGUGCGCAGCACUAUAAAGUAUAUAAUAUUUUAUUUUUUGAUUUUUAGUUUUCGAUUGUAUACUAUAAAUAUUAUUGCGUGUGUCUAUCGUGUCCGAUAGAAAUGUUUACACGCGGUUCGGUUUGUGCCAAGACAGUCGUGCGUAAUAAUAUUUAAAUUCGAAUACUUUCAGUGCCGAGCAAACGAUAACAUUUUUGUAAACGAAUCGACUCGGUCGGUCGGUCGUAACAUCGCGUUUCCAAUUGUUUUAAUACUAUCUGGACGUAUUAUAUUAUAUAGGAAUACGUAUUACACGCAUACCUAUAUUAUAAUAUUAUACUCUUGGUGUCAUUUCUCAGAACAGAAAUCGUAUAAUAUAUUAUCGAAUUUUCAAAUCAAAUAUUGUUAGUAUAUUAUAUUAUAUAACAUUGACCGAGUGGUUUUUUUUUAACGACGACACGUUUACCAUGUUCAAAACGACAGCAUAGAAAACGUAAAACGUAUAUUUUCUUAUCACUACGAUGAUGACUGCACCCGUUGCAAUAUAUUUUUAGUUUUAAUUUUUAGAUUCUGAGUGUAUAUAGUGUUGAAGCUAUUAGUUUUAUCGAUUUAAGAUUUUUUUUCUUUAAAAACCACUUUUUUGGUCAGUAAACAAUUAUUAUUUUUUUAAUGCUGUGUGUCUUAAAAAUUCCGAUUUUCCGCUUGAUAUUAAACUUUAUUUAAAAAAGUUUUUCUAAAAAAUUAAAAAAAAAAGCACAGUUCAAUUGUAUUUUUUUUUUAAAUUCUGGGUUAUCUUCUUGGCUACAAAGUGAAAAAAACAAAUUAUCAACUAACCUGCAGUUUCAUGAUUUCCUAUUAAAAUGGUUUUUUGAUUGCAAUGAUUUAUUGUUGAUUUCAGUGAAUAAAAACUAAAUUAUCCUAUAUCCUAUUCAUACCUUUCCAACUUCCCACCUAUAAGCUACAAAAAUUCCUCAUCCUGCAUGGUUCGAAGUAUAUGUUCAGAUUUUUUAAAUUUUAAUUCUUGUUUAAAAUGAAAGUAUAAUUUAUUGUCUCCUAUUCCGUAAUAUAUGUAUAUUUAGUAGAAAUUGGUGUAGUGCAUCGUGAUUAUCUGUAUCAUAUUAUCAAUAUUAAAAUUGUAUUGGAAAUAUACAUUACUUGUAUUCUCAAGUGUGCUAUUUUUUAUUAAUUACAGAUAAAAAAAAUAUCUAUUAUAUAUAUAUAUAUAUAUAUAUAUAUCACGGAGAAAAUAUAUUUUUUUUUUUAAUAAGAAAAAUAAAUGCCUACUAUAAUGGUAAUUAUAACUCAAAAAACUAAAUUAGUUCUUCAAUUAAAUUUAUUUUGGUGUCAUGAAUAAAAUAUAUAAUUUAAUACGUUUUUCUGCAAUUCGUCUACAAUAUGUUGUUUCCUAGUUUUAUUUUUCUGAGAUGUAGGUAUUCAUUUACAUUUUAUUGAACACUAAUUUUUUUUCAAUUAGGCUUAGCAAAAUAUUAAUAUUCAAAACGAUGACAAACGAUAUUAUUAUAGAGCUUUUAACACAGGUUUAUUUGAUUAUUUUGACACAGGUUGUUAUAUAAUAUCUAUAUAGGUACCUAUAUCUAUCAAUUACACAUUAAAUUAUUAAUUUUUUGACUAAAAAGUAAAAAAAAUCUGCAUUUAAAAAUAUAUUUUGUUGUAUACAUAAUAUAUAAAUAUUAAAAAAAGCUGUCUUAACUCUUAGGAUAACGGGGACGGGUGCAGUCACAGUUGUUAUAGUUAAUUUAAUAUAUACCUAGCUGUAAGCAAUGAUAAACUAUUAUUGCCAAUGAAAAAACGAGCGGAGUUCAGUUGAUAGUGAUGUUUUGUCAACAAUAUAUACAGUGAGUUCCGUUUAAUGUGAUCACAUUGGUUCGGGUUAUUUUGAUUCUAUUAACCGGUUGAUUCCAUAAAACAUUUUUUUUAAUGAUUCUAUAUUUAUACGUAAACUUAAAAUAAAAUAAAGAAGCUAUCUAUUUUCGAUUGCACUUGAGAACCUACUAAUUUCAUUUUUAUAUUAUCCUGAAAUUAAAAUCCAUUUUCAAUUAAUAUACCUAUAAUUAAAAUUAAAUAUAUAAUAAUAUAUGUACAUUGUACCUGUAACUUUUGGAACAUACAAUUAAAAAAUACAAUAUAAAUACAUGUAACUAUAAUAAAAACAUGCAAUGCCAUAGAAUAAUACGAAUGUUCGUAAAAGUGAUUUAACUAUGCGGUACUUGAUGAUUCUAAUAAAAGGUUAAUUUAACACAAAUAACAUAAAUUUUGGUUUUGGAUUUUCAUUUUUGAUUCCAAUAAACGGAUGAUUCUAUAAACCAGUGAUUUAAUUAAGCGGAAUUUACUGUAUAUGUCAUAUUGUUAUCGUAAAAUAAUUAAAUAAGCAUUAUAUAUUUUCCGCACAGAUUAAAAAAAAAUAAACAUCUUUGUAAAACUAUAAUAGCUCUUCGCACCACUUAGAAUCUAAAAUGGUCAAGGGGGAUAUAUAUCUCCUUAAUUUCCCCCCUCCCCAUAAAUAUGCCAUUGCCAGUCAUUUAUAUAAAUAUGUUUUUUCGACGAAAUCUCGUGAAUGUAUAAAUCUCCAUCGUAAUCAUUUGUUAUUAUUAUAGUAUACCGUUCGAAUUAUAAGUAACUUCGUGAUGCACGUACAUCAUCUGCGUUCGUUGUAUUUUUGCGCGAACGCGAGAGUCGAUUGAAUAACGAAGACCAUAUAAUUCGGUCGGCGCAAAUUUUUUUUUCACUGAUGGUUCAUAUCUAUAUCUAUAUCUAAAUAUAUAUAUAUAUAUAUAUAUAUAUAUAUUAUCGUUAUUUUAUUUUAUAUCUUUAAUACAUUUAUAUACCUACCAACCUAAUCCCAAGGUGCAUUUGGGUUACCACGGUCUGAUAAACGUUCGGCAGUCGUACACUCGCACCUAUAUACCUAAUAUUAUAAUAGAAACAUGCAGUUCUAGUUCAUUAAACCGCCGGAUGUAGUAUUAUAAUAUAUGAUACAAUUUACGUAAACACGCAGUAGCAGGCGCCGUCGCAUUGUUCACGGGUUUUUAAUAUAUAUAUAUUUUUUUUAGUUUUUAGUUUUUUGUCCAUUGAUUUCCCCCUCGACGUCUAUUAUUAUCAUCGUCGGUCGUCGGUGUCGCGACGAAAGGACUUUGCGAAACCGAGAGUGCACAUUAAACGUCGUUGUCGUACGCACAGCGGAUACGUGAAUGAAUCCGUUGUACAAUGCGGCAGCGGCGGUGGUUAUAUCCGCAGGGAAUGCAGACGUAUUAUUUUUAUAGGUAUCAUAGAGAAUUCCGUAGUUAACGACUUUGAAAUCACUACCGUCUCUCUGUCUCCGGAGCAUUUAUGCGUUUAUAAUAUAAUACCGCUCCAUCGGUUACGGUAUUAUUAUUAUUAUUAUUAUCAAACGACUAUACUACGACAACGACGAGGAGUAUUUUUUAUUUUUUUCAUUGUAAUCCUUUUCUUAUAUUUUUAUUCCUUCACCGCCAUCUCUCCCCUCUUCUCAUCCCGUAUGCUAUUGUGUAUGUGUGUGUGUGUGUGUGUGUGUGUGUGUACGCUGCAGUGGCCGAGUCUCUGUAAUGCGCGCCCAAGGAUGAUCUUUUAAACCCCUAUAUAGACGACGGUGACCGCGACGUCCUACACGACUUAUUCCCUCCGUUUAUUGUUUUACAUAUAAUAAUAUUAUAAUAUACACGUACCUGCUAUCGUAUGUGAAAAAAAAAAUACGUUGACCUUUGUUGUUCGGGCUCGUUUAUAUUUAUUUACUCGUCUUUGUUCAGCGUCGUCGCGUACUUAUAAUACUAUAAUACACUCGGUCACCGGACAAAUCGCAAACUCGCCGUUUCGCUCCGAACUGCAUCCGUGUGUGUUUGCCGCCGCCGCCACUGCAGGUCGGAAACCUGAUUUUGUGACCAAUACUCCGUGAGCGUAUUAUGUUCCGCGGCCCGGUUUUUUUUUUCUGUUAAUCUCGUACACGGCUAAUCCGUCUUAACGUCAUCGAUAGAGGUACAUAGGUAAAUACUGCUUCAAUAUUCCUCCGGUCGUCUUGGGGGAGAGACCGCGCGUUAUUGGGUCCGCCACGCGAAUUCGCCGUAAAGUUAAGGUCACCUUAUUAAUGACAAACGCAGGAAUCCGAUCGUCGUGGUCGUAAUGAAAUUGUUUUUGUCUACACCACGUGUUCCGAGUCCGUAUUCAUAAUCCAACUGACGAGUUGUUGGCAAUAGUAUAUUAUAUAUAUGCAAUUUGUAACGCUGCUGUAGAUCCGCGACGUGGAAAGCUUUUAGCCGAUUAUUUCAUUACUAAUGAUUUACCGUGCGUCCUCUAUAAAAGUAAAACGACGUUAAUAAUAAUUAUUACUGUUAAUAGCCCGAGCGAUACGACAAGUAUAGGUAUACUGCAGCAGUCACAUCUGGACACGCAUCUCGUUUCAGAAUGAGGUGAAUCUCGAUCUUAGUGCAUGUCCCUUGUUGUCCACUAAUAUCUUAUGUUUGCGGAAUAUAUUAUUAUGACUGUAUAAUAUGCUGAGUGUAGCCAUAUCAGCGUUCUAUUAUAUUCAUUUCAAGAGAUUUUCUAAUAAGUGAGAAACGGAGGUGCGUUUAUAAAAAAAAAUUGAAGGGAGGAGUUCAGUUUGUACAUUUUCAUACUCUUAUAACAAAGAAAUGUACAUAAUAUCAAUUGUGAGAUUCUUUACUUUUCUCUAAAAAAUGUCAAUUAUUUUAUUACAUUAAUUUUUAGUCUUUUGGGUAUCUUUGAUGAUACUGCAGACUGCAAUUUACCGUCGUUAAACAUUUUCAAUAUACCUUCUGGUCUUUGCCGUCACAUUUUUUUCCACUUCGUCUGUAUAGUAUCUGUAUAAUAUUAUUAUACUAUUUUAUUAUUAUUAGGUAUUAUUAUAUUCACUUGGCGCGAAGAGUUAUUGAGAAAUCAAUGGAUGGAACUAUACGGUAAUAUAAUAUGUAUACAGUAAUAAUAAUAUAUUAUAGAAUUCAUUACUUCACGGCGGGUGCUUAUAAGAAUAUACGUAAAUAUAGUACAUAUUAUUAUUAUUAUUAUUAUUAUACCAUUCGUUCAAAAUUGUAUACAUCGCAUUAUAUAAUAUAUAUAUAUAUGCACCUACCUAUAUAUUAUUGUACGCUCGGAGGAUACGACUCGUUUGGACGAGAUCUUUGGCGGAGACGUUACAACAGGUCGUCGACAUCACCAUGACGCGCGAUGGUCGCGUUAUUAUCGGGAGACUCGUAAAAUAAUAUUAUUUUCGGUAGGCACCUAUACGAUGGCUGGCGCGCGCUUGCGUCCGUAUAGGACAAUCAGUAGCCGCGCGUCGGAACAAUCGUCCGGAAUACGAUAAUUGUUAUUGCGCUACUGUACUAUUUUAUAUAUGUAUAUAUAAAUAAAAUAUUAUGUAUUAAUUAUAGCGGCUGUUUGUUUUGCGUGUGGGGUAUAAUUAUUAUUGUUAUACGCUCGUAAUAAUAAUACAGUCGUCGUCGCUGCAAUCGAUGUGCUGCACAAGUAUAUCGCCAGCUUAGCUGUAGUAGCUGUAGUAGCUUGUAGUAUACAAGCGGCAGUGUUGUCAAAGUUCCUUUUGAAAAAAAAUUCGUUCCUGUUCCUAUUGUUCCUAUACAGCAAAAAAGAAACUUGUUCUCGUUACCCGUUCCUUAAAUUAAUAAAGUCGUUCCCGUAAGUGUUUCCCUUUUCUCGUUUUUUUUUUUUUUUUUUUUUUUUUUUUUUUUUUUUUUGUUAUGCAAAUACCUAAUGCACAUCAAAAUAAUGUUUUAAAUUCUUAAUUUAAAAACAAUAAUAUCACUAACAAUUUUGCUUUGGAAGUAUUCAAAUAUAUUGUACAAUUAAUUUGACAUUGAGGGUUUUCGUUUGUUACUAUUGUAUAGAUACUUAUAGUUUUCAUAAAAAAAUAAGUGUAAUGUGAAUUUAUCAAGUCAAUUAAAAUUGUAAACUAUUCUUACUUAUUAGAAUUGACUUGUUGAAAAUCAUAUAUUAUUAUGUUAAAUUUAAUUUAUUUUCUCAUAAAAACAAACAAUACCUAUUUUCGUUCCUUUUCAUUCAAAACAUAACGGAAUUCAUUGUUUCAUUUGUUCCUUUCAAAAGGAAUCAAUUCCAGGAACGCGUUUUUUAAUAACAUUAAGUUAAGCGGUAACCGUCUUCGUCGUCGGUCGUUCGCCAAUAUUUGAUUGUCACGUUAAUAAUAUUAAGGAGAGGCGGCGGCGGCGUAUUGAUCGAUUUAUUUUUUUCUUGGUGGAUCGCGCGUUCCGAAAUUCCCCGAUGGAAAGCGACCGCCAGACGUUAUAAUACAAUAAGCACGUGUACGCAAGUUUGCGGCGGCGGCGAAGGUCAAGGAAGACCGGGCCCGUACUCGUUCGGAAAUCGCCCGGCGGCGUUACUGUGCGACGCGAGAUAACACCGGCCGCCAAAUAGAGGAUAUUAUGGGGAAAUUAAUCAUACGUGAAACGGUCGAGCGCGCGCCCGAGAAACGAAUAUAAUAUACAAGUUAGGUAUCGACACCGCGACGAUUUUUUUCGGUUUCCGUUAAAAACCUUUACGGUUAAGCGGACGUUACAUCCGCAUCUAAACUGUCCCAGUCCCCGACUGCCAGGUAACAUACAAAAACAAUACUUGCACAGAAUAAGCAAAACUAGCUUGAUUUUGAUUAUGGAGUAAAAGUACCUAUUAUGAAAUUUAUAGAGAACGAUAUUUUGGAGAAAACGACGUUGGUGCUUUUUGAAUUAUGAAUUAUUAAAAAAGUUACAGUUAUUUAAAAAAGCAAAAAAAAAAUAAAGGUUUUUGUAGUUUUUGUAUUGAGCUGUAUAUUUUGAAUAGUAAAAAAAGUAAAGAUUCCCUCCAAAAUAUUGUUCUCUGUAAAUUUCAUAAUCGGUAUUUUUACUCUAAAAUCAAAAUUAAGCUGGUUUUACUUAUUCUGCAUAAGCAUUGUUUUUGCAUGUUACCCGAUAGUUGAAAUGAGACAGUAUAGAUGUAGGUAUAACGUCCACUUAAGCUGCGGUGGCGUAGCGCGCGAUUGAGUCGUCUCGAUUUUGCACCCAUCUCUCUCUGGCCGGCUCGUUUAGUAACGCGUCGCAACCGUGCGCGCGUAGUGUUUUUUUUCUCUCUCUUUCCUCUCGUUCCUCUGGUCGUCAUUAGAAUAUUAUUUGUAUACACGCGCGUAUUAUAUUAUUAUUAUUAUUAUUAUUGUUCUUCUGUCGUCGUCGUAGUCCGUCCAACCGUGAAUCACACUGGUCCAUUUGGUUUUCGUUCGCCCGGACGCAUACAUAAUGAUUUACCUACAACACUAUAAUACGGUUACUAGCGUAUUGAACUAUCGUUAUUAUUAGGGCUGUGAAUUUGUAAGAAAGUUCAUUUUUUAUAAUUUGAAUUAUGUACUAGUCGAAAAAUUAAUUUACAAAACUUUUAUUUUGCAUUUUUUCACACUUUUAAUUUUUAAGGUAAUUUUUUGGACUUUUUAAGUCAUAUUUUCUUAUUUUGAGUUAACUUUCCGGCAUUUUUAAUCAAAUUCUAUUAAAAAAUAUUUUAGACUAAUAGAAUUAUUAGAGAAAUCAACUUAUUCAAAUUUGAUCAACAUUUUUAUAAUUGUUUUUAAAGAUAUUUUUUUUAUUAAAUAAAUACAUUUUUAUGUUUAUAAUAUACUAAUAUCAGAUAUAUCAAAAUAAACACAAAAAUCAAAUUAAAAACGGUUUUAAGUAACCGUUUUUGAUAAAGUAUGACUUUGACACCCUUUAUCAACCCUCCAACGAUCUAAAUCGGCCAAAUACACCGCUUAAUUGUAUUUUAUAGAUUUUUUUAACCGUGCAGGGUUUUAAUUUUGAAAAUUUUUUUCUCAAUGGUUGCCUACAUUGCAAAGGGAACUUCUGUAAAGUAUCUACAUUCUGGACCUUUUAACAAAAAUAUUUUAUUAUGUAGGUUUUUUAUUCAAUAUGGAAUACAAAAUUACUUUAAUUGGGUCUUAUCACCGACAAAUUAUAAAUAAUUAAAUACUAUUUUAUCGUUAUUUUUUUUUAUUACUUUUUUUUUUAAAUUAAUUAUCAAGAAUUACAUGGUAAUUCCUUGGUUGGGUACGCGAAGGAAAGAAUAUAGCUAGAUUACUUUUAUUAUAUAGAAUCCAUAUAAUAAAUCUGUAUAAUCUAUAUUAUAGAUUAUACACUUUAUGUAGUAAACAUCGUCUUUUUCGCUUUAUGUAUUGUUUUAUAACUAUCACAGCAUAAUGUAAUUAUUUAAUAAUUAAUAAUAAUAUUAUCUUCAAACCCUCGGGUAAAUAUUACAUCAGUUUGACAAGUCUUUGCAUCCAGUACAAACAUAGUGCAUCGAUUUGAAAACGUGAAAACUCAGGACGGCCGAAUUUCAGUUAAAAAUCCAUAGACCGACACACGGUGUCUCGUUUUUUUUUUUUUUUUUUAAAUGCGUUCACGUAUGAUUCUUUAAGAGCCCGUACUUAAUAUGGUGUACGCAAUAGUGAAUAAUAAAAUAUAUUCGUAUAAUAUAAAAUAUAUUGUUUAUUGCUUAAUUUAAACAAAAUAAAACACACACACACGCGUCUGUUUAUUCACACGCGACGACUUGUCGUAAACUAUAAACGGAAUGUUUUAAUUUGUGAUGUGCACUCGUCUGCAUUCGUGGAAUAAUUAUUACGAUAUUUGUGUUAUGUGAAAUCAUAAUUCAAAAUAUACGACGAAAUACUGAAUCAUUAUAGCACGGGUCGGCUGUUUGUGCGGGCUCUCAGUUAUUUGACAUUAGAAUCACGUAUGUGUAAAAUAUGGAAAAAAAACACUAUACUACAACGAUAUAUUAUUACGAUAAUCGAGAAGAAAUAAAAUAUAAUCGGGUAUGAUGAGGGCGAUAACAAAAUCGUAUUCGCGUUUAAAACCGUUUAAAUCAUUUAUUGUAUUAGCAUAUUAUUGUGUCCCGAUUUUGUUUUUCGAAACGUUUCGUAUUAUCGAAUGGACAAAAAACGCGUACCCAACACUGUUGUUGGUGAGAAGUGGGGAAAGUAGGAUAUAAAAGGGAAAUUAAUUUGUAUUUGUAAGCAACGAUAAACUAUUGCCUAAAAAAAACGAUUUUGAGCGGAGUUCAGUGAUUCUUCGUCAACAAUAUAUGUGUCAUUUUAUAGUAAAAUAAUUAAAUAGGCUUUAUGUAUUUUCUUUAAUAAUAUUUGUUUAAUGUUGUACCGAUUUUUCCGGUUUUCCUAUGUUUUAUCCCGGUUUUUCAUAUUUGCUGGGAAAACUCUUGGAAAAAUCGAAAAAUGACCUUCCUCGAGUACUUUCCCAGUAAAAAUUUCCUUUCAAAAAAAUUGUUUUCAUUAUAAAUCGGACUCAAAUAGCUUAUAGAAAAGUUGUUCACAGGAAAAAAAGGCUGAAUCGUAUUUUCACUAAUACAUACAUUUCUUAUAUUUUCCCGUUUUUCCUCCGUUUUAUUUUUCGGUUCUUCAAAUUUGUUGAGAAAACUCCUGAGAAAAUUAAAAAAUGACCUCUUUAAAGUACCUCCCUAGUGAAAUUCCCUUUUAGAAACAUUGCUAAUUACUGGUUGAAAAGGAAAAAAAUUCCUAAUAUUUUAGUAAUAUAUUUCGUACAUCUUCCCAUUUUUUUUUUGGGAGAGGGGUUUCAAAUUUGAUGAGAACCUCUUGAGAAAAUCGAAAAAUUACAUCCUUAAUGUACCUUUCCACACCGAUUUCCUUUCAGAAAAGGUGCUACACUUAAAAAUGUGAGCAAGUUUUCUAUUAGAAAAGUUGCACACAGAUUAAAAUAAAAAAUAAUAAAAUAAAAUAAACAUAUUUAUAAAACCAUAAACUUCUUCGCUUCACUCAGAAUCUAAAAAAUAUUCACUCCACUCGGAGUCUAUAAAUAAUAACGAAAUACGAAAUGUCGGUGGAAAAUGAAAAAAAAAAACAAAAUUCCGUUCGUAAUGUAAAACCACGAACAUCAUAGUACGUAUACCAAUGAGAUAUAUACGUACAUAUACGUGUGAUCAGAUAUACACAACGUGUGAGCGCAUAAGCUGUGGUGACGGCGGCGGUGGGUGAUGAUUGUGCAUCUAUAGCAUUCUGUGUAUAAAUUAAAAUCGAACUUGAAAAACGCGUACUUAACUUAUAUACGCAUAAUAUUGUUAUAGUUGUAUAACACUUACAAUAUAUAUUUUUUAAUGAUAAUAAUAAUAUGUGAUCAAGGCAUUUAUUUUUCACGGACCGGUACGAGUGUAAAAAUCGUGUUCGUCGCUCUCGUCGCUGCGCAGUCGGGAUCGUGUACAGAUCCGUAUCGCAUCGUCUUGGCGCGACUGCAGAUCGGAUCGAAAAUGCGCAUAAACGUGUAUACUUACACGAUAAGAAUAAAACACGCGUUCCCCAGAGCGCACGUGCAUUAAAACCCGACUACAAUAUAGUUUGGCCUAUUCAAAUAGCCCGGCUGUUUAAUUCCGACGUUACUAUCGUGUAUAAUGCGUUCUCUAUAAGUAUAAUAUACGUAUACCUAUGUAUACUUAUCUACCUAUACCUAUAUUAUUAUUAUACUCGUUUUACGCGUCCGAUUAGUUUUUAAUUUGUCGAUAAUUAUCGUCGUCGAGCAAUUAUCAUAAUGUUAUACAAACUAAUUUACCCAUUUAAGGGGGGGGGAUGAAGGGGUAUGACCUGCGCUCACCAGCGUUUUAACAUGACGUACAAUAUCAAUAUUAUAAUAUCGAUAACGAAUAAAAACGACUAAUGCCACCUUGAUACUCAUCGUGCCGCCACUGUUGUUAGCAGGAAGUCGGGCAAGUAGGAUAUUAUAUAAAAAAUUAGGUUUUUAAUUUAUAUCUGUAUGUACACGUGGUGAUAACCACUUUUAAUGAAAAUUGUUUUCGAGCCCAGUAUUAUUAUAGGUUUUCCUUUGUUGCCAAAAUAACCUGCAGGAAAUAUCAAACAAUUAUACAACAAAAUUGUAAUCUACAAGGAAAAACAACAAAUCACUAUCCCAAUGCACAAGUUAGAUCGAAAAUACUACAAGAAAAAUGUCUAUAGUCUACUGAUUGGAAAAAGGUUUAUAUUAAAAAAUUUGUAUGCAGAUCAAAAAAAAAAAAAACAUAUAGGUAUGGUAGUAAAACCAAUACAUUUUUCGUCUCAGGUUAUAAAAUUAAGCUGUCAUCUCUUUUACGAACGCAAUCUAUAUACUAUUCUUAAUAAAUUCAUCGCGUCACUGAAAAAUAUUGUGAUUAUAUUUAUAAUUUAUAAUUUACAUUUAAAUGUGUAGCUCCGUUUAUUUUAGUUUUAUGCGAAACGUAAAAAGUAUAAUAUUCUAUACCAAGUGCUCCAAUGAUUAUAGUUUACAAACGAUCAAAUUAGCAACUACGCAUUAUAAUAUUAUUACAUAGUUUAACUCAAAGCACGUAAUUUAACUAGAAAAAUAACGCGAUGUUCAUAAUGUUAAUGUACCCGAUUUGGACAUAUUAUUUGCGGUGAAAAAAAAAUACAAUUUAACAUCCAGUUUCUAAUUGAAGUGAUAUUAUUUAAUUCCAAUUUUGGUCACAAAACGUGAGGUAAGGUCAUUUUAUCGGAUAUACGAUAUAUUCGACCGUUUAUCAAUAAUUGUCUUAUCCUUGAUCAUCCGCUAUAGGUAUAUAUUAUAGAACAUUGUAUUAUCAUACUAUUAUAUUGUAUUGUUAAAAACACGUACUAAAGAAUCAUAUGAGUAUUUAACCAUCAUCCAUUUAAGAAAAUUAAAUGUAUCGUUGAUAAUUAAUAAUGUUAUAUUAUUAUUGUUAUUUAUCGUGAUAUUAGUUACGAUAUUUGUGUUUUGUCUAAGAUUUUAGAUACUUAGCUUUAUACAGAAACACGUUGUAUUAUAUUAAACACCAUUCAAUAUGUAUUCUAGUUACCUAUUAUAUUUGUAGUGGAAUUCGUUAGAUUUUUGUUUUCUCGUUAUAUCAUAAUAUUGUAAUAUUAAGUAUGACAGAAAUGUACUAAAUGCGCAAAAUACUGUAAAAAUUCGUUUUUUUCUAGAAUCCUUUAUUUUUCCUACAUAAUAUUAUUGAACAUGGGAUCCAAUUCCGGUUAUCAUUUUGCGUCACAACCGAACCCGCCGGAACGAGGUGAAGUGUAUCUAUAUCCGUCAGCAGUAACUCCGUUUCAAAUCUAUAAAGUCUAGGUCCAACCAUUGCAGUGAUUCCACAAUAUAUUAUUCUACACUGAAAUGUAUUAUAAACACGCAUAUUAUAUUCACAAAAUUGUAUGAUUCAUACUUGGCGUGCGACUGACUGUAAACGGUUUUCAAUGAAUAAAUUCUUCGUAAACAAUAAUAAUUAUCGUUAGAUAUUUUAAAUGUAGUAAACUUUAUAGACGGCAUAUGAUAUAUAAAGGGGAAAAAAGAAUCUAGUUCAGUGUGUUCCGUUUGAUAGUUAACAGAUUUUUGUCGGCGAUUACUACAAUCCUAAUCAAUUACCUCACUGUCUCUCUUUGGUUUUUUUUCUUCUAUGCUAACAAACUGGUUCCUCGUACGUUUUAGAAUAGUGAUGAUCUUUAGCCGUGGCCAAACGAAAAAAUAAUUAAAACAGCUAAUCGUGAGUUUAAUAUUUGUCUAAUUGUGUACGGCAGAUGCACCCCAAUUUUCAUCAUUGUUUCUACGCCUAGCAUUUUUUUUUUUUUAUUUUUUACUCGACGUUAAAUCAGAACUGUUUUAUUAGUUGUUAUCCGGGUUAUGUUUUUUUUUUUUUAUAAAUAAUUUUUUUUUUUUAAAACGCGUUAACAUAUAAUAAUGACUGUACCUGCCUAAUCUGUUUUACUUGACAAAUAUUAUGAUAAUAGAAUAUAACAUCCACCUGUCCAUGCAAUGUCCGCCUAGUUCCAAAAUAUGCGAACCUAUAAUAUAAUUCGUUUUUGUCGUCAUAAAAAUCAAUUUCAUCGUUAAAUCAAUAAAUAAUCAUUAAUAUUUCUAUUUUUAAUAUUUAAUUGAAUUAUCUAAAAGUAAAAUAGAUAUUUAUUUGAUUUUUUUUACACUAUACCUGUAUAAUUAUUAUAAAUUGGUAAAACAAUAAAAAAAAAAUAAAUAAGUGCCGCUGUUCAAUAUUUAUCUCACAACUAUUAUACAAAUAUAAUAUACUUUCUACUUUUUAUCUUGUCUAUUUGAAUCUAGUCUUGUUUUAUACGUUAUAGCCUCCUGUAGUCGAACGAGGGUUUUUUUUUUGUUAGUUUCGUUUUUACGAACUACUUCCUAUAUUAGGCUGCACACCGCGCGCUACACUUUAUAACUGAACUUAUUUAAAAACAAAACCUGCACAAUCCCGACGAAUAUUACCAUCCAUAACACCCAUAGUACAGGGUGAUCCGCUAUUUUCUCGGAUUUUAAGUGAAUUGGAUUUCUGUUUUUUUUUUCAAUCAUAAUGGAACUGUUACUUUAAGCUUUGUUUUAACAUUAUUUCCAAUUGUUUUGCUCAACUAUAAAUUAAUUAAGUAUAAAAUAUUGAUUUUUAAAUAGCAACCCCUCCCCUUUCAAACUCAGAUUUGAGUUGAGAAUAUUUGUCUAAACUCGUAACAUAAUUAGCCGGAGUAGCCGUUUAUGAAUUAUAAUAAUUUACAAUUUAGACCGAAGUCCGAAGGAAUAUAGGGAAUAAGAGUAAUAAACUUUAUAUAGAUGAUCCUUACUCGUCUGGUAUACAUUUUAAACCGUUAUAAUAAUUCAUAAACGUUAAAUCCAAUAUACGCGUUUCGAAUAUCAACAUUUUUAAAUGAAUAUUCUAUAUUCGAUUUUGUGUUUAAAUAAAAAUGUGGAGGUGGGUAUUGCUAUUUGAAAAUCAAAAGUGAUGUGUAUUCAUUUAGGUAAUAUACAAAGAUUACCAAUUAAAAAUAAUGUACAAAUAAAACUUAAACGAUAAAUCAUAAUGAUGUAAAAAAAGAAACAAAUCAAAUUCACUUAAAAUUCUCCGUGAAAAUUGUCGGAUAAAAGAAUCACUCUGUAUACACUGUGUGUACCUAUUAUACUAUUAUAAUAUUAUUAUUAUAUAUAGCGGUCGACUGGACGGACGAUAAUUUGUUUUAGUGUACACACUAUACAUGCCUCUAUAUUAUAUUGUGUAUAUUUUGUAUUCGUGUUAAAUUCGCGCGAAAAUUACGACGGGUGGGUACACUUAAGCCACACUGACCGGUCAUUAGACGCCAAACAGACAUCACACGCAUCAAACUGCUAUCAUAAUAAUAAUAAUACUAUUUAAGAGGUACCUAUAUAAAGUAUAUUAAUAAUCACAGCCUCCGGGAAGUGCGUGUUAUUCGUAGAAGGUAUCUAUAUUAUAAGUGCAUACUGUAUAUUAUAUUAUGUUGUUAUAAGGGUUGGGCGGCGUAACUCUUUUGGUGCACGUGACGAACCACAAAACGCACAACGUAAUAAUAAUGAUAAUAUUAUGAUAUUAGACAGCGUCGAUAAGGUGUUGUGUAAGUACCAAAACGUACUCUUCGUCGGUAAUGAAUUUGUUUUUAUUUUAUUUUUUUUUAUUUUUACAUCUACCCGGUUUAUAUAUAUGUAUCAUAUUCUAUGCUUAGGUAUAUUGUUGUGCGCGGCGAAUAUUAUUAUAUUCUUUAUGACUGUGUCAGAGAGAUUAAAGACCCGCGAUGAGAGAGACGUUGCCCUCGCGCUGCCGAUUUUGUAUUAUCGUUGUAUACGUUUUGUACUCUAAAUUAUAUUGUGCAGUGUACGCGUAUUCGUGUAUACUAUACACCUCUAUUUAUAAUAAUACGGUUUUUGUUUUUGUGUUUUAGAUUGCGUAAAAUUAUAUUAUAUACCUACAAAUUAGUUACCUGUCGCGGGAUCGAUGCUGCACAACGAUUGGCAGUGAUCAAUACAUUUUUUUUAUCGUCGACAGGCUGAAACAUUACUGAAACUGUUUAACAGGUGAGUACCUAAUAAACGAUUAGUUCAGUGUUUUUCUUUGUAUCAUGUCAAAUAUGAAAAAAAUAAAAUAAAUAUUUUAUUUAGACCUAGUUUUAAUUUGAUUGAAUUCAUGCGUUUUACCGCGCACAAUGUGCAAAAAUUUAACUUUAAAGUCUUCUAUAUAAAAUUCGGAAUUUCGGACAUACAACUAUACAGCCGGUAUGAUUACUCGUAUAUUAAGUUGAAUUGUACGAAAUAUUGUACAAUUUUCAUAUGAAUAAACUGUGGGAAAUCUCGGUUUUUUCAAAUUCAGAUAUUGUAAUUUUAAAAUUUCGUUCGUUUUAAAUCGGUUUCAAUAGUAAAUAUGCAUACAUAAUACAUAUAAUAUUAUAGUGAGAAAAAUAUCUAAUAUUGUGUUCACAAUAAUUUAACGCCUCAAUAAUCAUAUUAUUUUAUAUAGGUACCUAGAUAAAAUCGUAUUGACAAUUGUCAUUAUUUACACGAAAUCUUCAUUAGAAAUCAAAUAUUCUAUCAGUAAUAUUGCUCAAAUUAAAAUAUAACAGGAUAAUUUUUUUGUAGCAUUUUGAAUUUAGUUGAUAGAUUGAGAAGGUCAUUAUUUUAUUUUUGUUGAAGUUUUCUUAAUAAAUGAGAAAUAUUUGGAAUAUAUUGUAUAACAUUUUUGGGUCACCUUAGUAGCAACGAAAAUAUAUGACUAAUUAUACGUUAUUUAAAAUCCAUUUUUCACUAAUAAUAAUUUAUCGUUACGUACAUAUGUAAAUUGAAUAUAUUCUAUAUAAUAUCUUUCAUUCCAACUUUCAUCCUAAAAUAGUGGCACACUCAUCAUCAGUAUAUGCCUCUAUAUUAUAUUUUAAGUUUAAACUAUACUUAAUGUGUUAUCAUAAUAUUGUCAUUAUGUUUGCUUUAUUUAACGUCCGAAAAAUUAUAUAUCUAUGUACAAAAGUAUUGAAUAUUUGAAACAUACAAUAACAUCGAAAAAUAAUCAAGAUGCAUAAGUAAUUUGAAUUACUGCAUGUUGUUUCGUUGUAUUAUUAUACUGAUAGCGAAAACAAUAUUAGAGGUUUAGAUUAUAUUUCAGUAAAAUACAACCAAGUCUAAACGAUAGAGAAAAAACAAGAUGUGACCGUCUGUUCUUGUUAUCACAAGUACCUAUGUUAUUACAUAUUAUUAUUUAUGUUUAGGUUUAAUUCGAUAUUCAAUAUAACCUAUACUUGUAUAGUCGCACGAAUGGUACAAAUUAUGUAACGAUUUAAAAUGCAUGCGUCUUGUCUAAGCGAUUAAAGACUGAGGGCGAAAUUUCUUUUGUCCGGUUUACGACUAGUUGAUCGGUGGCCAUGUGGUUAGCGUAAGGUCUACGAAAUUGUCGGCCCCGGAGUGAGGCGAUAACAAAAAUGGUCCCUGAUGAUAAUGACUUCACGUGCGCCAACUAUUUAUUAUUGUUAUUACCGCCGAUAUGUGUAGUAUAAGCACGAGCAUACAAUAUAUGUAUUAUAAUAACCGAUUAUUAUUAUUAUCGUUAUAACCAGCAACACUGCGGCUAUACGUAUAUAGUGUUAAAACCGCGUUCCAAGUGAUUUUUUUACCUACCUAUCUACUUAUUGUUAUUAACUCGGGAGUUUUCUUUUAUCGCAGGUACUAAAUAUUACAAUUUUAUUAAACACUGGUUACUCAAUAUAGUAUAAUAUAUAAUAUAGUCAUUCGCGUGUCAGUAUAUACUAUAUUUCGGCUCCAAGCCCUGAUUUCUGGGUUAUCAAUUGAAAAUAUUGUUAUGAUCAUAAUAGUUUUUUUAUAGCAGUGGUUUAUCAUUUUGUAGUUACAGAUAUAAAUUAAAUUACUUUAUGUACUCUAUUUAUACUCCCUUUCAACUUUCCUCCAAAAAACAUUGACAAUACCCAUCAGUAUAGUAUGAGCCUUUUUUGAAUUUCGUUUAGUUUAUAUUUGAGAUUUGUUCAAACAAAAACGAAAUAAGCCGAACGGAGCUAACCAUAGUGCAAUGAGAUUUUAGAGAGGAGAGGGAAAAUAAACAAUUUACCUUGUCCCGUUAUAGACUUUUUUUAAAUAGAUAUAUACAUAGGUAUUAUAUCGAAAAGGACGUGACAAGUGCGUACGUCCAUCAUGAAAAAAUCCGAGUGUGUUGUGUUUAUGAGAUUUUGGUUUUACAUAUUAUUAUCACAAAAUAUUAAUAUAAUAUUAUAUACGUUAUACAUAUUAUAUAUAGUAUAUACUCGUAUAUAAUGUAAGAGGGAAAAUAUUACAAAGGAAAGAAAAAAAAAAAGAAAAAUACUAAAACUAUUUCUAUAUGAUACGAUAUAAUAUUAUAGUGUAUGUGUUCCAUAUACCAACAAGGAAAUAAUGAUCUUGAAAGUCUUGAAACAAAUCGAUAACGAGCUGUAACACGCAUGUAACCAAUAGCGCGACCAAUUGAGUAGCUCGUAGAUUUUGUAUAUUACUGCAGCAGUGCUGCUGCUCGACAUUAACGCGUAUAGCGUAAACACACGUGAGUUUCAUUUUUAUACGUCAAUUUUGUACCACAAUAUUUUUAUUUUUCAACACAUGAUCAAUUAAUACACAAGUAGAGUAUGUAGAACAGCACAGUUUCCACCAUAUAAUAAAUGCCAUAAACGCCAUAUUCGGCAAACUAUGAUUCAAUUUUAUCGACACAAAUUUGUCAUUAAUAACUCAUAUAAAAUGUAUUAAUGCUAUCAAGUAUUAUAUUAUAGGUAGCCUAAUAUAAAAAUAUCGUUGUACAACUGCUCAAAAAUUAUAUGAAAUCCUUUAUCAACAUAAUACAUUGCAUCAUGUAAGUUCAUUUGAACGUGUUAUAUAUUAUAUUGUAUAUACAUUUAUUGUAUUUUUUUUUAAUCAUUCGGCAUAACGAUUUCCAUCGGCAUUUUAAUAAUAUGCACGUAUGACCGGAUAUGCAAAUCCGUACAUUUCCCGAAAACCAUAAUAGCGUUAAAUACACAAGGUCAUCAUAGUACACGUAGAGAUCCCUCACUGGCCUCACUUUUCAGAUUUAAUACGAUAAUGACGUGCAACAAUUGUAUAAAAUAUAUCAUUCGGACCGUAUCAAAAUAUAUAUACUCGAAAUAUUUUGGGUUUUUAGUAACUUUCGGCAACGUUGCACGUACGCUGCUGUGUCGGCGCGUAGGACCUAACCAAUUUUGAAGACACAUUUUUCAAAAUAAAUAUUACCUAUAUUUAAUUAUUUAUUACAAAUAAUAAUAUACGUCACAUUAAUUAUGUAUUUUCAUACGUAAAUACGAUUAUUAGUAUUUUGAAGCAUAAAAUUAUUUUUGUUUAUUAAUUUCCAAAUUGUUAUAUUCUUUAUAAUAAUAUAUUUAACAAUAAGCGAAGUAACUGUAUAUAUUAUUUUACAUACCUACAGGUAUAUUGUAUUUCAUAUUUCGUUAAUUUCCAUGUACUUGUAACACACAACAAUUGAAUUGUAAUAACUGUUUUCUAUAAUACAUAUUUCUAUUUACAUAUAUGAUACAACACUGCAAUAAACGGUUUAAAUAAUCAUUUUAAAAUCGUAUCUAAACAAAAUAAUGAAGAUUGUUUAAGUAUGAUAAGUGUAGUUUACCCGUACGGUAUUCAUUGGGUUUUUUUUCCUUCGCCACCAUAAAGUAUAAAAUAAAUUAAAAUAUUUUAUUAAUUUUUAAAUUUAUAAGUAAAAAAAAAUAGUCAUAAACUAGUAUCAUCAUGAAAGUCACUUUUGAUCUUAGAUAUUUCGGAGUGUGAAUUCAUUAUAAGAGCUAGAAUAUGUAUACGUUCAGUAUCCGUGUGUCAUUUAAUUAGCUGAGUGAGAUUGAAAGGAAGAGAGAGAGAGAGAGUUAGAGCAGAAUAAUAUUUUUCACCUAGUUUAGAAACGCAAAAUGUUUUUAUUUUUUUAUUCACACCGUAUACUUAUAUAAUUGAAAUUUUGAAAAGAAAACGAUUCCCAUCACAUUGGCUGUGGCAGCAAUACAUCUCAUAAUAAGGUUGAAAUUGUUUACCAACAUAUAAUAUUAUAUUAUUGUUUACAUACACUUAUACCUGUAUAGUUUGAAGGAAAGCAAAGAAGACGAAAUUGAUUUAUAUACAUAUAUAUAUAUAUUAUGUGUCUUAAUAAUAAUAAUAUAUAUAUAUAUAUUAUAAUUGACAGAAAAAAAAAACGAAAAAGGAAAUAUAAUUUAAAUUACAUUUUCUCAAUUUUGUAUACUAUACUUAUACUUAUUAUAUUUUGAUUUCGUGAUCUGGCGGUGUUUUUUUUUUGAAAUUACUUUCUGGUUUUGGGAUUCCGAAUUUGAUAUUCUUGGAGUACCUAUAUACAAUCUACGCAAUUACACACGGUAUAAUACAGGUAUAGUUUUAGAAUUAUUAAUGUAGAAUGAAAUAUUGAAAUAUACAUUGUAGAUAAAUAUUCAAGUUAUGAAUGAUAUUUGUAUUCGAUAUGUAAAGGCCAAGGGUCAGUUAAUCAUAACAGCAGACAACAAAUCACGCAACGGAAUAUUAUAUAUUCUAUUUAUCUUUAUAAUUUUAUUGUAUUAAUAUUAAGACGUUUUAUUAUAUCAACGAGAACUAUAUGCAAUAUUAAUUAUCGUGUCAUUUCCCGUGAUUUUUGUACGUUUCGCCGACUAUACGCGGCGGCACAUCAUCGUAUUCGCAUCGCCCCCCCCCGCGUUUUUACGUAAGCAUCAUUCGUGUAUUACACAUUUUAACCUGAUUUUUUUUUUCGUGGGAGACGACACUUGUUGUCUAGCCGUCUAGUCGUUUUCCGCGUCGUAACGAUAUUUUAUUAUGUAGGGAAAUAUUCGCUUACGGCACCUCUGACGCAGUUUCGCUUGUAAACUGCAAUAAGUAUAGCCCUCCUAUAAAUCGGUAUUCAUUUAGUAUCCAUUUGUCACGGACCAUUUUUGCAGGAUGUGUGGUAGUAAAAUCGGCCGACGUAUCCGUCGUCGAUUAUCGUUGUUCUGUGUGCAUACACUUUGUGUUACAUACUAUUAUAAGGUCUUCUAUACUGGUAGGUUUAUAACAGUAAAACGUGAGCCCGUAAUAUUGUAAAUCGUAUAUACGGUAUUGUUCUGUUAUUAUUUUAAACGCGAAUUCGUAUUUUUUUGGAUUCUAGACGAAGCGAGAAAUAUAUUGGUUUUACUAUAAUUUUAUGUGUCUUUUUUUUUUGAUUGUGAACAACUUUUCUUCUAGGAAUCUUACUCCGAUCAUCAUUCAACUUAGACGUGGUUAUCAGUUUCAAACUUUGUAAAGUCAGUGUUUCGGAUGAAGGCCAUUUUUAGAUUUGUCUAAUAAUUUUUUUAAUAAUAUUAAUAUAAAACCAAAAAAAAAAAAGUUUAUAGGGAUACAUAAUAAUGUUUUUGUUAUUUUCGGUUAAAUUUUUUUGUUGUAAUUAUGUUAAAAAUAAUUAUAGAGGACUGAAAUAUUUAACAUUUACAUUUGCACUUUAUAGACGUGUUAAAAUGUAGAGCCAUUUGAAAUUUUUAGUUUUAGAUUCUGAGUGUAGCGAAGAAUGUAUUGAUUUUACUAAGAUGUUUUAUUUUUUUAUUUUUUUUUUUAUCCUGGGAACAAAAUUUCGACCAUAAUUCUUGCUCAAAUAUAUACGCAUGGUACCAUUUCUGAAAGGGAAUGUUGUCCAGAUGCUACUUCUGUGAGGAUAUUUUUUGAUUUUCCAAGCGGUUUUCAUAAUAUCUGGGAAAAACCAGGAUAAAACUUAAGAAAGACAGAAAAUGUACGAAAUUAAUGCUUUUAUUAAUUUAUCAAUUUUGUUAUUUGCUGUAAUUCAGUUAAAAAUAUUUGUAGAGACUUAAAAUUUACGCAGAAUACUGACAUUUGCCUUUUCUAGACGUGGUACAAUUUUCAAAAAACUGAAGUCAGUUUUGAGCUAUUGAUAGACAUUUUAAUUUUGCGAGUUUUGUACGCAAUUUUUAUUUGGUAGGUACUCUGUGGUAAAAUUGUUGGACUUAACAGAAAUGCUUAAAAAUUUAACAGGAGGUUCAUUAAAUAUUACUUUGUGGUAAAAAAAAAAAGAUUGAGUUUAAUGUAGUAUUUGUUUUUAUAAAGGAAUUUUGAUACUAUUUUGACGAACAUUUUUGAGUAAAAAAUUAUGUGGAACAAAUCUAAUAUUUAAGUUUUUUUUUUGAACAUAUGUGUAUUGCCGAUUUAAGAAGGAUAGUAAAGUCAGAAUUGAGUGGAUUAACUAAGUUUUGAAAUUACAGCUUUUAAAAGUUCAGAUAUUAUGUAGAUAUUACAUGUUUAUGUUAAAUAACUCUAUAUUGAAAUUUUUACUAUACGUUUGUUGUUGUCGAAUGGUCAUGAAUACGUAUUAUACUAAAAGUUUGAUUGUUUGAAAAGAAAUAUUUUGUACUUUUUUCGCUUUUAUAUAAUUGGGAAAAAAUUAAUGCAUUUUAAGUGUACCUAGAGACCUAGCUAUCGCUCACUCGGACGAUUAUAAUCGAAAAAUACCCCACGAUUUGUUGUGCAAACUUUUCUACCAAAAAUAUUGCUCUUAUGUAUCAAAUGUAGCUUAUUUUCUGAAAAUAAAUUUUAUCUCUAUGAUUUAGAGAAGUAAUUUUUGUGAUUUUUCAAUCGGUUUUUAUAAUAAAUGGGAAAAACAGGGAUGAAAUGUUGGAAAAACGGAAAAUGUAUGAAAUGUAGGUAUAAAUAAAAAAAUGACCUUUUUUUCUGUGUACAACUUUUCUACCAGCAGUUUUUCUCAGAUUUACAAUGAUAGCACUUUUUUCGAAAAUAAAUCUGACUGGGUAUGUACUUUGAGGAGGUCAUUUUUCGAUUUUUCCAAGAUUUUUCUAAACAAAUGAACGGGAAAAACGUAGGAAAAACGAGAAAAUCGAUACAAUAUUAAACAAAUAUUUAAUUAUUUUACCAUAAUAUGACAUAUAUAUUAUUGAAAAAGCAUCACUAUCUACUGAACUGCGCUCAGAAUCGUUUUUUCUUUAGCAAUAGUUUAUUGUUGCUUACAGAUAUACAUUAAAUUACCUAUAACAGUGGUUGUACCGGUCUUCAUUGUCCUAGGACGUCUUUUUCCAGUUAAAUUUUGAUUUUAUUUAGAUAAAAUUGUUUUAGCGCAGUAAAAAUGAUCGAAAAUUUAACUUGGGUUUCAUGAUAAACUGUUCUUAUCACACUAUAAAAAUAUCAAAAAUUUGUUGUUACGAUUUUUUUUUUAGCGUUUUAAGUUUUAACCAUCAAUGAAAAAUUGCGACAUUUCAAAAUCUAUUUAACCAAACUUUGUUCUGAAUCAUUUUCUAUUAACAGCGGUUUACAAAUCCAAAUUAUUAAUUUACUUUAUGUAUUUUACUUUCUCAAAUUGCCACCAAAGUGUCACACUCAUUAGUAGUACUAGUUAUUCUAUUUUGUAACGACGGGUUUUUCGAGUCCGUUUUAAAUUUAUAAAAAAAAUCACAAAAUACGGCGUUAUAGUUAUUGAUUACUGCUUUAUCACUAGACAAUCGUAUUGACCGUUAAGCGCAAAUAGUCUCGCAGGAACUAAAUUUGAUUUUGAUGCUAAUUGAUUUUUUAUUUUGGAGAAACUUCUUAAAGAUAUUAGGGUUUUUUUGUCGCGAUUUAAACGUUUGGGCGCUGUUUAACAGGGUCACAUAUAAUCAUUUCACAUACAUACUACACUGUUUAUAUGGAACAACUUAUAGUUGGUGAAACUCGUAAAUAAACAAUAUAAUCGUCCAUUAUUUUUAACGACAUAAAUUUUUGGCCGAAAUACUGUUUAUUUUUGUGACGAAAUCGGGUCGUCAUGUAGUCAGGCACAAGACGUUUACACCAAAAUCACAAUAAUAAUAUUAUAGACGAAAUUUUACUAGUACGUCUAAGUAAUAAAACUAUUACAACCUUGUACUUUAUUAUAUUUUAGCUCAUACUAAAGAUGGAUGGUUGACAAUAAAAUAAAGCAUUAUAGAAAACCUACUUAUAUACAUAGCCGUAAUAAGGUUUUUCAAUGUUUUUGACCACACACAAAUUCCCGCUCUUAUACUUCUAUUCGUUCCGUUAAAAUUGUAUAUUAUAUCUAUUGUGUACAAAUUCUGGAUUUUGAUAUUUUUUCUGGGAUUAGUUCUUUGUCUGAGCCAGUCUUAUUAGGGAAAAUAUCACUUCGUCCCGUGUGAUAUAAGAAACAUAACCUCAAAAAAAAAGUAUCAACUAUUAAAAUUAAAAUUUAGUAUUGGUCUACGACUUUAAUACUAAUGAAUUGACGUUCUUGGACCAUAAUGGAUAAGAUUAUCGAAUUUUUUAUUUUCUAUUAUAAAAUGUGACCUACUUAACGUGGAUUUUGGCCUUUUACAGUUUUAUCCCUACAUUUAUUUAUACCCGAAGUAGUUUUUCAGUCACUAAAAGUUUUAGAUUUUUGGUUUUACUUAGGACAUUAAUUCCUCGAAGCAGUAUUAAGUGUGAAGUUUAGACGAGAGUUGUAUGGUUAUAGAGUUGUUGGUAUACCCAGAUGUCGAUUUUUUGGCCAUUUUAUCUUUCUUUUCCUAUCAACUGGGGAAAUAUAAGUGUACACCAUCUUGUUAAGCCCUACGACUAUAAAGCUUUGUACCUAUAUUCUAAUAGUUUACAUAAAUUCAAUAAGAUUAGGACAGUAAAAAAGGCGUGCAUAUUUGCUCGCGUGUGUUACAACAUCAUGUUUAUUUAAAUUUUUUAACAUCGAUAAUCCACACAUUUUAAAUAUAUGAGGUUUUAGAAAUUUCUUAUAAACGUUCUCUGCGCCGUCGAGAAAACGAGCGACUAAAGUGAUAUACGUGCAAAAAUGUACCAAUCAUUACAGCAAUAUUAUUUGUGUUCUAAUAAUAACAAAGAAAAAAAAUAUAUAUUGCACACUUUUAUAUUUCGUUUAUAGCAUAAUAUUUUCUUCUAAAGAAAAUUAGCGUUGUUUAAAUUCUUUAGAAAAAUCAUUUAAAAGUAAAAUAUAAUGUUAAUAUAGAUGUAUUCAUUUUUUAUUAUUUAUGUUUUUUAAACUCUGUACUAUUUACGUUAUUUGAAAUAUUCAUUUGGCCGGUUUUGCUUCAAUAAAAAGAAAUAUUCACACUGUUAUUGUGUGCGUCGCGGCGAUUUUUAUUUUAAAAAUAAUAACCGCACAAUACUGUUAAAAUAUAUUAUGUUAAUGCUGUUCGCCAAAUUAUACAUGUGUAGUAUUAUUAUUAUUUCGACAUUUAGCGUCGAUUUAGUCGAGACUAGUAAUAAUAAUACAUGUUUUUUUUUUUUUUAUUAUUAAUACAAUACGCAUUAUCUAUUUUCUUAUUUUUUUUUUUUACAAAUCUAUCGACAUAAUAAUAUAUUUCAUGUAUCGCUCUAUUGUAAUGUGUAUAUAGAAAACGAAAAUUGAGAAUUGUUUAUGAAAUUUUUUUAGUUUAUUCUGCGUAACAAUUUUAAUAUUAUACCCCUACUUGUUACCUAUCGCCACCGGUUUACGCACGUUAUUAACAAUACGUCAUAAUAAUAGUUGCAAAUAAUAUUAAAUUACAUACAAAUAAUAAUAAUAAUAAUAAUAAACCAUGUGUGGAAAAAUUUGUGUUUGUUGUAUAUAUAGGUCCGCGGAGUUUUUCAAAAAGUAUAAUACAAUAUAUUAUUAUUAUUAUAGAAACGUGGAAAUUAAAAUCGACUGCAAUGUGUGUUUCAUUAUAUUUUUGUCAGUAUACACCUAUAUAUUUGUACACUAUUAUACAAUGGCACCCAGACGCGAUUUCCGCGUGUCCACACGAAAGACACUGCGGCAAUAUAUUCAUUACCUAUAGUUAAUACUCCACCAACAGCUGUCCGCAAAAUAUUGACACGCGCGUUUGUUAAUAAACAUAAUAAUAAUAAUAGUGUAUAUAUAGUGUAUACUAUCACGUGUUUUGUUGCUAGCAGCAGCAUUCAGACAAGGGCAACUCUUUUUAUAUACCCGCUGCAAGGAUGUAAUAUACGGAGUUUUCACCGCACAAAACACUAGCGCGGUGUUCUAUUAUCAUUAUCAUUAUUAUCGUUAUUGUUAUUAUACUUGCUGUUAAAUAACAGUUCGCGUACGAGUAUAUAGGUACAAUAUCAGCGUUUUAGUGCAACAGGUCCACGAGUUCUUCCGCGUGGGGUUCUCACUUCUCAAGGCGACUUCCUCGUAGCGCAGAUCCUCUCAGAAAAAAAAAAUGCUUCAGAUACCUAUAUCGUUCAUACGCACAAUAUAGGAAUACCGUAGAAAAAAAAACCGACUUGCGAAAGUGAAUAUUAUAAUAUUUUAUACUUAUAUCGCGAUGAUAUAUAAUAUUAUAAUAAUACGUUUUCUUUUAUAAAGUAUCCACGGUUAAUUGCAGAGUGAAAAUGUUAAGUCCCGUAGUACUGUAAUCCUAAGACUACGAGGUUCCCAUCACAGCGGUGUUUUCGUAUAUACACAAUACGUAUAAUAUUAUGCACUUUUUCGACUCGGAACAUUUUUUCGUUUUUACAUCAGACGACACAGCGAUUUUCUGUGUUUCGAAUAACUUUCACCAUUUCUAGAAAAAUAAUACAUAAUAUUAUAAAAUAAUUAAACGCGCAUGCGUGUCUGUGUAUAUUUUUUCAAAUUAAUAUAAUAAAGUGCCGGAGAAAGAAUAUUAUAAUUGUCUCGGUAUAUCUUUUCGUAAUUUUUACUUAUUGUUUACUUAAAUCCGACUUAGGAUUAAAUAUUUUAAAAUUUAAUUAACAAAUAAUAAUUAUAACAUGAGAAUUGCACUCACGUAAUAUUAUUACGCAUAGAUAAUACGAUUGUGUUGAAAUGCAUUAUAUUACAAUAUUUUAUGUAUUUACAUGAAUAUAUACAUGCUCUAUUGAAACUUAAAUAAUGAAAUGCUGCUAUGCAGUGUGGUUAAAAGUCACUCGACAAACAUAAUAUUUUAUUAUUAGAUGUUAUAAUAUAUAUUAUAUAUUUAUUUUUAUUACGACCGUUCGGUUAAGAUUCGUGCAGGUGUGUAAUUAAAUCGGCCCAGUAAUAUUUUCGGUCAAACGAGAAAGAUCUGAGAUUUGAUUUGAUCUAUAGUUACGUUUUUUAUUUGCGGUUGUGGUUGUGAAAUAAUUGUUUUUUUUUCACCUUCAUUUCUUUUUUCUUUUUUUUCUUUUUACUCUAUUUACGGACGUAUAAUAAUAUUAUGUACGUUAACAUCUCCGCUUGUUCAUUCUGCUAUACCUGUAUAACAAUAAUAAUAAUAAUGAUGCGUAAAAUGUAUUUCCGUUUAGUCGUGAGAAGAAACGUAUUAUUAUUAUUAGCAAUAGCCCUAUACAACAUUAUAUAUUAUUAUAGUGUAUAGGCAGUUACUACUGGUAUUUUCAUCGCGUGGUUAUAUUAUAAUAUAUAGGUAUCUAAUAAUAAUUAUUAUGUAACGUGCAUUAUUUCACAGGACUAAAAUCCGCACGCACACUUCGGACAUUUUACACAUACGGAACGGUUGAAUUAAUAAAAAAAAAACCUAGAAAAAUAAAUUAAGAUGUAAAACAAACGUGUUACAGCAAAAAUAAUACCAACUACGCAAAGUUAGCUGCAGAUAUACACACGCGUGUUAUUUUUUUUAUUAAUUUUAUAAAUAUAUAAUACGAACAAAUACGUUUUAGUUUUAUGAUACUGCUAUUGACUUCAGCCAUUUUUCCGGCACCACUAUCAGAAAAAGUUUUCUCGAGGAAAUCUCGGGGUAAAAAUUCUAAAAAUGUCGAUGAUAAAACAUAUAUAUUCAUGCAUUUCGAACGUGGGGUUGUCAGGGAAAUUUAACUUCUUUAUUUUGUAUUAUAUGGUUAUGGUUUUUAUUCUCUCGCGUAUAUUAUAUUCGCGGGCAUUGCAAAUACCUGCAUGCAAACUUGUUUCGUAUAAAACUUCUGGAUAAUGCUUACCUAUCUAUGUUAUUUAUCAGUUGAUAAAUCACGUAACUAUUAAUAUUAAUUGUUAUUAUAAUAAUGUAAUAAUGAUGAUUAUUAUUUUCAUCAUCAUUCACGAUUCGGUGAUAGGUCUACGUGCAAGAUAUAUUAUAUUGCAUUUGUAUUAUUAUUAUAGUAAUAUUUGUCUAACAGUAUAACACACUAAUCAUGAUCCCGGUAUUUUUUUUUUUUCUAAACCUAGUUUCCGACCUUUAAACUCGGUAACACUGCCGUCGUCAAUAUCGUUGCCGUUACGACGUUAAAAUAUAAUACAAUUUCAUGUUUUACUAUAAUUUCAAUUGAGAUCCGGUGUACUAAAGUGGUCCGACAGUACGAUAAAAAUAUUAUAUUAUGCAAAUACUUAAUAAAGUUUUCAAAUGUGGCUAAUAAUAGUAUAUAUUAUUUUAACACUUUUUCUUCGUCGUAUGGGUAUAAUAGAUUCCCAGUGAGAAACUUUAUUACUAUCAAACAAUGGGCAAUAAUUAUUUUAAGGCUAUCCGAGAAACACCUAUACAUAUAAUACCUACUAUAGACCUACUCGAAAUAUUAUACCUACUCUUCUAAAUAUAAUUUCAUGUUACGCUUAUCCGAAAUUCGACAAGCUGUAGAUAAUUUAUUAGGUACCAUAUACGCAUCAUUUUUUAGAUACCGUUACAUUUUGUCUUCAGGGCGCCGCCGUCGCCGCCACCAUGUCGCGCGCUUCCUCGGAAAAUAAGAAUAAUCGGCAGCAUAAUUAUUGCGUAGUUCUCGUCAAAGUCCGUGGGAGACUUGAAUGUGUGCUGAUUUCGUGAUAAUAAAACACGACCGAGUGAACAACGUCGACAAGACGUGUCGCUCGUGGCCAAAAACCACGAUUGACAGAAUGACAGAUAGCUAGGUACUUAACUGAAUCGUUUGCAUUUGCGAGGAACGGAAACUGCAGCAGAGCAGCUGAUGGAUGUACAUUGUACAGAUAGUACAUUAUUUUGUGCGUGUGCGUAGGUUAUUUUUUCCACUUUUACGUUUCAACGAACCGUUGUAAUUUUUCAAAUGACAACUCCACGCGUUCUUAUCAAAAUAAAAUAUAUUUUAUAUUACGAACAUAGGUACCGACGAGACUAGGAAAUAUUUUGUAGUAUAUUAUGCUAUUAGGAGGAUAUGAUUUGAAUAACCUUAUGCCACGUGUGUGUGCAAUGAUUAUGCGACGUGUAUGAACGAUGUGUUUUUAUCUUUUUAUAUAGGUAGAUAUAACAAAAAAAAGCUGUCUGUGUUUACUCAUUCCGUGGCUGGCGUAAUAUGAUAUUCUCGAUGCUGUUUCCCGUAUACAAUUAUAGAUGGUAGCAGACGGGUUUUUUAAAGAGUGAUAAUAUUAUUAUUGUUUAUCAUCGUCUAAUUUUGAUCGGGACACGGUAUAUUUUAGUAGCUUUACUGAAGGGGAAGAAAAUCUAUGUAUGCGUAUGCAAUACAACAUAUUAUGUUAUAUGAUAUGCAUCAUAAUCAUCCUAAUGAUUUUUUUUUUUAUGGCUUGAAUACUUUAUCCGAUUAUAAAAAACAAAUGAAGAAUUCGACUAUAUAAUAGGUUUAGGAAAGAAGGGCUUAAGUCAACUAUGUAUAGAUUUCAAUACAAGUAAAUUAAAUCUUGAAAAUGCAUAUACUUGUACAUGCACUAACACAUUAAGUUUUAAAUACAUACAUUUAAAAUAUUUAGACCAAAAAAUAAAGGAAACAAAUUAUAAAAAAAAAUAAUACAAAAACUUAACUUAAUCCCUUCUUCUUUAAGACCAAAGAAUAAAUCUAUAUAAUAUGGUAUAAUAGAAAUAAUAUUUUAAGUUUUUAAUUUUACGGUCAAGUUAAUUAUUACAAUGUUGUACUUAUUGUACAGUAUUAAUAUUUUCGUUUUAUUUUUUAAGGUGAAAAUAUCAAUGAUAUUCAUUUAUUAAUAUUGUGCGGUUAAUAAUAUUAAAUUUGUAUUAUUAAGAGACAUUUUGAUAAUUUCUCUUCCUAAGAAUAUUAAUUAGUGUAUUAUUAUAUUCUACCUACAACUAUUUUGUGAAUACAAAUUAAUUUUCAUAGAUUUAUUUGUUAACAAUUUCCCAUAAAUUGUUUAUGUUAAUUUUGCAAUAUUAUAAUACCUGCAUUCCAUUCGACACGCGUUUUUGUUAAUUUUUUUACAAUAUCGAUAUUGUGCCAUUAUUGCUAUAAUAUUAUAUAGACAUCUCAUCAAGUUAUUUAUACUUUCUAAUUGUAUUAUAAACUAUGUAUAUUAUAUUAUUUAGAUUUUAAUAAGAAUUCAUUUUCGAAUUUUGCAUAGGUACUUAUAUAAUAAUAUUAUUAUAGUACGCCAUUAUUAAUAUUGUUUUCCCUAUUAAAAACUCCAUAUAAUAUACAUCAAUUUUGUCGGACAUUAUUGUUUAUAGUAUUGAUUUCGGAUAAGCCAAUCGGAUUUUCUUAAAUUCAUAUCCGCCUUUCAUACAAUUUGAUAUUUGUUCUAUAAUAACUCAUAAAAUUAUAUUUAAUAAACAAAACGAUAUUUGGAAUUGAAAAAGAUUGUUAGAUCUUUGUUGAAACUUAAAAUUAUCACAUCAAUAAAAAUUGAUGUUAAAGAACCUAUGUAUAAAUACAUACUCAUAACAAAAAGAGUAAAGCUAUCUGUUCUUUCAAAUAAAGCGAGAGAUAGAGAAGUUUAACAACGAUAUCAAAAUUAUCACAAAAAAAAAAAAAAAACAGCUGAAGUCUUGUACAUAUGCUCAGGUAAUUUAACCAACCUAAUAAUGUUGGUAUUAGGCAACUUAAGGUAUAGGGACAUGCACUCCAUAUUAUGUCAAUAUAUCUAUAGUAAAAUAUCUCGGAUUAUUAUUGAUAAAACGAUUCACUCAUUUACUUCUCCUUUCCAGUGGUUUUAUUCAGUAUAAUAUUACUGUAGUAAUAAUAAUAAAUGAUAAAAUUCAGCAGCCGACUAAUCCAAUGAAUUUGUAAAGAAACAUAUUAUUAUAUUUAAUACGGAAAAUCAGUGACACUAUGCGGACAUAUUUAACGCGACAUAUUACGUUGAAUAAUUAUUUUCAUAUGAACGGCAGACCGAACUCGGCCAACAGCUGCUGGUAUUAUAAUUAUUACGUGCAGCGUCUUAACGACCGUGUAAACGAGGCUUGAAAAAUGCGUAAAAACAGACAUACCUACUUCAAAAUGACGAAAUAUAUUAUUAUUAUGAAUUUUGUGUCCUCGGACACUGCAGAGGCCGUUGUUUCUUCGGAUAUUAUUUUAUUAUGCGCAAAAUACUAUAAACGAUAAAUAUAUGCAUCCACGUUAUUACGUAAGCGCAAAAAUAUUUUUCUCUUCACGUUAAUGGCGGCGUCUACACUCAUAUUAUAAUAUCGACUCAUCGGUGAAUUAUUCCGAAUUAAUGACAUCACAAACAUACCUUUACUGCAUGCAGUAUUAUAGUAACAGUAGCGUUCUAUAUCAAUUUCAUAAUUUCGACGAAUAGUGAUUACAAUAGAGUGUCUUACAAGUUGUACGAAAUCAUACAUACUCAUAUUAAUUUUUUUUUCAAUUGGAUUUUCUUUCUAAGUGAUGUAUAUAUUUAGAGAAAAAUUAAAUUUGUAUUAAUUACUAAAAAAAAUAACUUUUUAUAUGUUUGUUUUUUCGAAGUAGCCAAUUUGUAAUAGAUAUUGUUUUAACAAUAUUUUAAUUUAACAUACAUUCAUAUCCAACGAAUAUUUUCUUAGUAAUAGGCGUUUUAAUUUCUAAAGGAAGGGUGCGAUCAAAUUAUAUUCAAUUAUAAACUAUUAAAUUACGUGAUAAGGAAUCACAAUCGUAAUAAAUUUAUUCUCUAAUAACUAUUUUUAAAAUAGGUCAGGUUUCAUUUUAUUAUGUACCUACAAAUUAAUGAUUUAUUGUGUUAGAAAUUAAAAUACCUAUUACUAAGAACCUUUUGUGUGGUACAUUUUAAUUUUUAGAAUAUUAUCUUUUACAAAGAAUAUGUUAAAUAUUUUUAAAAGUUAACAAACCAUUUAUUUAUUUAUUUUUUUUUUUUUAGUGAUUAGUGGGGACGGCUAGAAAAUCCCGGAAAAUAAUCGUAUGGGCAGUAAACUUCCGGAAUAUGAAACACUGUAAAUGUACGGACUGUAACCGGCAGAAAAAAUAAAUGCUCUGUCCGGGACUUUACAGGGUGCGUAUUUUUGUAUUCAGAAUUAUAGUCCGGUACUUUCUGGUUUAGGCAUUUAUGCUUUCCGGAUUUUUACAGUCCGGAAUAUUCUGGUCAGAACAUUUAUUUUGCCUGCCGAUUACAGUCUGGAGAUUUAUAGUGUUUCAUUUUCCGAAUUUUACAGUUUGUAUAAAUGCUAAUGAUUUUUUUCCCGGAAUAUUACAGUCUGGAUUAUUACUGAACAUUUUUUAAUUUUUACAGUCUGAUUAUUUUCCGGACAAUUCUGGUUUAGUGUUAGGGGAUGAAAAUAAAAAUUUAAUUUUUCUUUAUACAUAUAUAUGUACCUCUUUGACACAAAAUCCGAUUGAAAAAAAUUGAACAUUAACAGUGAUAUACCAAGAGGUACAAACCCGUAAAACACGACGACGGGGCACCCUGCAUAGCUUUUUGAUCACGAAAAUAUCGUUCGUUUUUAUACUUUUCUACAAGAUAUUAUAUACCUACCUAUCCCAUAUAUUUUAUAAAUGUAACCAAUCUAUACUGUCCUUGUUCCGCUUUAUUUACGCUAGACACAAACUACAUAUAAAUACAUAUAUAACUACGGUCAUUGUUAUGAAAACAUUUAAAAUUUUAAUUUUUUUUUUAAAUAUUUUGUUUAUUAUUUUUGAUAUUUGUUAGUAUCUUUAGUUAUCUAUUUUAGUUUACAAGUAUACAUAUCACCUGCUUUUUACCACUUAUAUGUUUAUUGAUGUUUGCGAAAUGUUUGUAUCACACUUCCACGUCUGCAGUAGUCGGUCUAUAGACUGGUAUUUUUCCUCUCGGUGAUCCGCGUACAACCAAUAAAAGGCGAUUAUGAUUUUUGAAAUUAUUUUUAAUUAUAAACACUUUAGACAUGGUUAAAUAUAUAUAGCACCGCAUCUAUAAUAGUUGUUAUGCCAUGGUUGGUAAACUAUUCUUGCGAAAAAUAAUUAAUUCGUGUAUAUAACUGCAGUGCAUGAAUGAUUUUUAAUAGAUUUCGUCAAGUGUUGACGUAUUUGUAUAUUUGCAAAGAUAUUUCCAUUCCAUUAGGUCUAUUAAAUAAUCAAAAAUCACCGCAUUAAACAUUAAUCAUUUUUGAUGAAAAUAUUAUGAGCCAACACGAUUUUGUUUUUUCGUAAAACUACGUUAUUAAAUUUAUUUAUUUCACUAUUUUAUGUUUUUCAAAUCCCGUUGACUUUUGACUAUAGAUUGUCAUACAAAUUUGGUUUCCUCCCCCUGGUCUCUUGAGUUAUACCAGUCAUUGAAUCGGAUCAAUAGUUUCAGAGAUUAUUACCUAUUUUAUACACAGCACCCCCGAACGCAUGAAUACAAAAUAUAUACCUAAUAUCUAUACAUAAUUUCUUAGGAUUUUAUGGGGGAAAUCAUAAUAGUUUCCGUUUGAUAAACAAUAUAUAUAUAUAUAAACAAAUUAAAAUAUAUUCUAUGAAUCCUGCUGCGAGCGUUACGUAUUAUUUUUUAGAUGAUGCACUUGCUGCGUCCAGCCAAUAAAGUAAAAAAAAAAAAAUAUAAUUUCGUCAGACUGCUGGAAAUAGGAAUAGGUAUUAUAGGUAUUAUAUUAAUAUUUCGAUACAAUUACAUUGCCCACGUCGAGAAAUAAAUUAAAUGUCAGUACCAACACUAUCACUUCUAUUGCUAUACAAGUAUAUAUUAUUAUUAUAAGUAUACGCACUAUUACCACUUAUACCACUGGCAGUAUAUUGCCCGGUUAUAAUAAUAAUAGGCACAGAGGCGUUGACCACAAUCGUAAAUUUCCCGACAACGACGACGUUAUCGUGUUUAAUAGGUCGAGUUAUAAUAAUAACAAUAACGAUAACUAUAUAGAGCUGCUGCAACAAUAUAUAAUAAUGGAAUAUGUUAUUUGAUUGCUAAAUCGCUGCCGUUUACCGCAGUUAAACGAUACCGAGGUGUGGGCACUUAAUAUCAUCAGAUAGCGAAGCUAUUCACAAAAUUGAAAAUGACGAUUCAUCAAUAAUAUUGAAUUUUCCGCCCAUAUCAUUUCACGAACCUUUCGUCGUCUCUUUUUUCUUCUGUUCGAUUUUGGACCUUAAGAUCGCAUCGCUAAAUAUAAAACCUGCCAUCUAUAACCCUGUUCUUUGCAGUUUCUCUUCAUUGUACUUCUUUAGCUUCUGUAUUGCUUUAUUAUCCUUCUUAACAAAAUAUUUUCACAUUUACUCUGGUCUCCCUAAACGCAUUUUCUCUAUAACCUAUAAGGUCUUCGUAAGUCACCUGCUUUUUACUAAAAAUAAAGAUUCCUACACUUAAUCGAUACUUUUACAAUCCUUUCGUCGUCACAUAAAAAGUAAAUAAAGAAAAAUCUAGAGCCACCGAGUUCGAUAAAUAACUUAAGCUUGAACAAGCCACCAGCUCGUUAAAUUCAUCAAAUUGACUUUAACAGUCUGCAAACGAAAUCUACUACCGUCGUUGCCCAGCCAUAUGAUUUUGCGAUCAUUUCAAUUACUCUAUGGAUUAUUAGGAAAAUAUGUGUCCAUCCACUAUGGAAAUUGAUAGCAUCUUGGAUUACGGAUGUAAAGAGUUCCAGUAAGGCAUUAUAGUAACAUAUAAAAUAAUUAUUUAUUUUUUAGAUCGUUAUGUAUAAAUCGAUAAUUUCUUGUCUUAAUAAAUUUUAGUAAUCUAAAAUAACAUACAUAGCAUAUACAUAAAACAUACAUAACAUAACAUAGCCGAUAAAAAUCAUUCUAAAACGGAUUACUUCUUUAUUUAGUAAAGUUUCCGCCAUGCGACUUUUUAAUGCAAUAAUUUGUGACCCAAGUCCUACAACCUACGCCUAGCAAGAGUUUCCAUAUUAAGUGCGGCAGAGACAAGAAUGUAAUCAUGUGGCAGAUGGUAUAUAUGUAGUAUAAAUCCUUCAAAACCAAGAAACUGUCUUUGAACUAUUUCUCGUUGUUUAGAGUUGCCAGAUGUAUGUAGAUCCCAAAGAACAGCACUUUACUCGAAAAUAACAUUUUGAAAGACAAACCCAUAUGUUUAAUAAUCUUAUAUGUGUGAUUUAUUUAAUUAUACGCCAAGUAUGUGGCAAAGGACACGGACCACACUACAAACACGACCAUGGUCUAAGAAUUCGUAAUAUAAGAUUAUAAUAUUUCUAAAAUUAUGUUACUAGAUGAUGUUUAAUUCGCUCAGUUUUUCGAUGUAGAAACGGUGGAGUGAGGAAAGAAACAAACCCAGUGGCGGAUGUAUCCUAGUUCUGAAGGGGGGGGGGGUGAUUUUCAAGUCCACUGAGGUUAUGGAGUUUGUUUCCUCCAGUGAUUAUUUUAGACCUUCAUCCCGUGGGGGGGGGAUAUCGUAAAUUUACACAAAGAGCCCUCCCCCCCCCGAUAUCCUCCACUGGACAAACCAUUUGAUACUUCUUUCCUUCAAACCCCACAGUCACUUUGAUGCCAGUCCAUGUAUCUUAAUUCGUGUCUGGAACUUUCGGUCACUUCCAUUCGCAAAUUAAUUGACAACAACUUCCAAUUUUUUAUGCAAAACGAUAUGGAUUAAAGGGGAAAAUGAUUUACUUUCUUUUAUGAAUUUUUGCUUUUUUAUGAACAGAGUUGUCCAAGUCUAGAUAAAUAUAAACGUUAGAACUUAUUCGAUCAUUUUGGUUUCUACAACAUCACAGUAUGAUAUUAUAAUUAGAUAGCAUAAAAUAAUAUUUCAUCGGUUAAUCAUUAUAUUUUUUUCUUCUUGGUUAUAUCAGGUUUGUUGUAUAUGGCUGCCUAACUUCAUUAUUCUUAUAUCAUAUAUCGUUCAUAUCUGUAGUUAUUUUAAAUAUAUAUUUCUAUUAACCCUGCUAUAGUUUUUUUAGCUCUUUGGCAGCGCGAGGUCAUGCCAAUUUAACAACGCAAUAAUAAUAAAUAUAAUAUUAAUAUAAUAACAGCCGUGUUGACUGUGUCUAUAAUAUUAUUACGAUGGCGCGCGCGUAUUAUAACAGAUAGGUAUCAUUUUUUUUCGCCCUAUACCCCAUCGCAGUCGCGCGUUGUGCAGGUGUCGUGCUUGGAUAAAAAAAAAAAAAACGCAAUCUAUACGACACAGAUACCGAUGACGACGACUACAGUUGACCUUUUUGGCCCCCGACCGAAUAAUAAUAAUAAUAAUAAUGAUAAAAAUAUUAUAAUACGCGUGUAAAUAAAUAAAUCGGUCUCGGUGUCGCGGACUUUCACCUAUUUUUUUUCUUUUUUACACACGAAGUGGCGCCGAUAUGGAAAAAAUUAAAAGUAUAUUACCUAUACAUACAUGACAAAAAACGUAUAUAUACAUGUAUACAGAGAGAAAGAUACCUAUAAUAUCUAUACUCAAGCGUUUGUCCAGUGCCAAUAACGUUCUUUUUUUUUACCUCUCUCAUUUGCAGUGUUUUCGAUAUCGAAGUUUACAGAUCAAUUUUGUCGUCAUACAUAUAUUAUGUGCACUGUCACCGUAAAUAUGGGUUGGCAGACUUUCGUUUAUUUUAUUUUCUUUUACGACUUAAUUUACGUACGUGUCGUCGGCCACUCGUAAUCGCGAAAGAUAUUUGUAACACAAACGUAAUAAUAUAGUCAUAUGCUUGCAAAUAGCUCGGCGAUCGCCGAGGUUUUCGUUGGCGUCCUUAUGCUGUUCACAAUACGUCGAAAGUUGUUUUCCCUUUUACCCACACACAAAAUGAAGUGAACACCCCUGGGGAACAGAUAUAAUCAUAACUCAUUUUAAAUAACUUUUUUUUGUAAAAAUAAAAAAAAAACUUAAAACGUAAUAUUAUAUAGGUAUUAAGUAUUCAAACGACAUAUUGUCUUCUCCGGCCGGAUCAUUGGGUUUCAUACGUUUCAAUUAAAUGCAGGAUUAUUAAGGGUUUACCAAAUUUGUAUAAUAUCCAAAUAUUUGUAUUUGUACCUAUAUUAAUGACUAUAUCAAUAAUAAAAACAAACGGAUAUACUUCAUGGGUGGGCCAUUAUUGUAGGUGAGAAGUUGGGGAAGUAGAGGGAAAAUCUGAGGGUAUAUCUGUACGCAACGAUUAAUUAUUGCUAACGAAAGAUAAUUUUGAACUGUGUUCGGUUAUACAUAUUUCGAAAGGCCAUAUAAUAUUUACGGUUUGUAAAUAAUACAUUUCGUAAAUUGUCCCGUUUUUCCUACGUUUUUUCCUAUUUAUUAUGAGAACUCUUGGGAAAAUUAAAAAAGCAUCUUCUUAAAGUAUCAUAAAUAAAUAAAAGUAUCUAAAAAAAGUGUUAUAUUUGAAAAUUAAAACAAAGUUUCUGGUAUAAGAGUUGUUUAAAGAAAAGAAAAAUUAAGCAUCACUGUAAAACCAAAAUAUUUUGCGCUCCGCUCAGAAUUUAAAAUUAUCUAUUAAUCGCAUGUUUUUUACGAAUAUGACUUUUUUGACCGAAAAUCCAGAAAUAGCUGUUGAAAUUUGUGUUUGGUAAUUUUAAAUUGUAUGGUUUAAUUAAAUGGUUCUUCAUUAGAAUACAUUGUAAUAAUUUUAAUUAUUUUCAUUAUAGGCAAAUGUAAAAAUAUAUAUGUAAAAAUUACAUUUUUGAAGUACAAUGUAACUUUUUACGAUUUCCAGUAAAUUCAUUCAAUAUCUAUUUCCAACAUAAUAUCUUAGUAAAAUACCUAAAGUAUCAUAAUCAGUUUAAAAAAUUAAAAUCUGUCAAACACAAUUCAUACAAUUUUGUCUGGGUUUUAGGUCUAAAUCGACUAAAAUAUUAUACACCAUCGCGGCAUCACUAAUACGCCCUUAACACUAAUAUUAUGUAAUCCACGUGUAAUAAUUCUUCUGUCUUUUUGCGACCGGUUGACCAAAGUCCAUCGUUGAAUGUGAUGUUAUAUGAGAUAUUUCAUAUAUUAUUAUGCGCAUUAUUACUACCACAGUAACGCGUUGAAUACACGAUUUCUCGGAAUAGUGCGUAUGUCACUACGACAGAUCAUACAAAUAAAAAAACAAAACGUGACUUUAUUAUUAUUAUUAUUAUGAUUCGACGGACACGCGCACUGUUUUUUUUUCGGGUCAUAAAUUAGACUAUGUACUCCGUUUUUACCACAAUACCGCCAUUAUACUCGACGAAACGAUGAAUAUAUAUUUUUUUUAAAACACCUGUUUAACUAUUUUUUGGCGAUAUAAUGUAAAUAAUUUGAGAAAUAAGUCGUCAGUUCGAAACACGUAUAAUUAUAAAUUGGUUCAUCUUGUCGUAUUUUUCCCACAUUAUGAAAUCAAAAGACUUUUACGAUUGACAAUUAUGCGUCUACAUUAUUACAUUAUGAUCGGGAUGUCAUUUUAUACGUAUUAUCGCAUCGUUGUUGAAUUCGAUUGAUAUACCUAUCGAAUUACCGGCCGGAGUUGUCGGCGAUUAUCGAAUAGUUUAAGACGUGCCUUGCGAGUAAAAAAAAGCAAAAUAACUAUUAUAUAUUAUACACCCUAUUCGAGCUAUUAAUUAUAAUAUAACUGCAGUUCCCGGACUGAUAUCGCCUUCCUGUAGCAACCAGCUCCACUACAGCGUGUAUAUAAAAUAUUUCGCGUGAUGGUUUUUAUUGCACGCGUUCCUGCAGUGUAACUAAUAUAUUGUGAUUGUUACAAGUUAUAUAAUAUAUAUACGUAUACGUCACUCUAUGGUUUACGUAUAAUAAUAAUAUUUAUAAUAUUGCGCCAAAUGAAAUUAUCAUACCAGAGAGCGUUUUUGAAUAUAAUACAAACGGCUUUUUGAAUAAUAAUAAUAAUAAUAAAAAAAAGGGUAUAGGUAGAGGUGACGUUAUAGGAAUUAUGUGAAAUGUUUUAUCAACCUGCAGUAUAUAAAGCAUGUGUACAAUCAAAGAUCGCGAAAAGAAAACUGCCGUUAUUUUCCGUCAAAGAAAACGUUAAAGACAUAAUACCUGUAAUAAAAUGAUUCAGGAAUACGAUGCUUUUACACAAUAUAUACAACAAUUUAUUCGGAAAGUUGACUGCAGAAGAAAAAUCUGAAAUCUGAAAUCUUGUUUCGCGUAUAAUAUAGCGUUCGAUAUCUAAUAGUUUUCAAAUGUUUAAUAAUUCCGAGGUGUAUAUUUUCAUUUAUUUACAAGCCGCGUGUUAUUUCUUCCAGAUUGAAAAGUAGGUGUCCUAGCUACAAUGCAAUGGGUAGAUAGCCGGUAAUAAUAUCAUUUUUACCUAAGAUUAUUAUUAUUUAUUAAAGUCACUAUUAUCCAUCAUAAAUUAUAUUCAAAACACAGUAUAAACAAUAAUCCCGAAUAAUUAAAUAUUCCUAUAUUGGAGAAAAAUAUUGCCAUAGAGAGAAUGGCUAACUUUUCCACCGGUUAUUUUUGUAUUUGGUCAUAUUUUUACCUGACCAUUUUUGAUUUUUGGAUUAUCCCUGCAGAGCCAUCAUCAAUUCAUAACGAUACAAAGUCAAACAAUAUUAUUAAGCUAUGAUAUUUAACCGCAAAUUUUGGUACACAGGUAAAUAAUAGAAUUCUUUUACGUUUUAUACGGAAACAGUUUUAUUUAUAAUAACUUAAAACGUAUUUGUUAACCGUGUAUUUCAUCGGUUUUUUUUUCUAAGAGUAUUUUCACCUUUUUCACGAGUUAAAUGAGAAACGCAUCACUACAAUAUAUUAUAAUAUUAUAUAAUAAUAUGAAUAUUGUUGAAUUGAAUUUAACGCGCGUUAAACGCGAGUACGGAAAUUAGAUACAUAGCUAUAUAUACAUUGUUGUCUCGAAUGUCAAUUUGCCCUCGCCCGUGCACAUUAUUUUAUCUCACAAAAGCGCAUAUUUUAACGUUGUAUAACUCUCUCCCGGCCCGGCUGAGCGUAGGUAGGUAUUAUAGGCGUAUUAUGCGUUAUUCAAAGUAAUGAUAAUUGUCAUCCGCGACCAUUUCGGAACGAUCAGCGGCGAUUUUAAUUUAGACGGCAUUAUUAUCGCGAUGUUUGCGUCGCGUUUGCAGCAGCGAGAUUAAAAAAAAAUUUAAAAAAAAAAAAAAAAUUGUAUCUAUACAUCGCCGUGACGUACGACCGUGCGGUGAUUUACGGCCCGGACACCGCGCGAUAAUCGCGUAUAUUUUCGUCACGACGAGCCGCCCGACUCCCGGUUAUAAUAUACCAAGUACCUAUAACACUUGUAUUAUGUACUUGUCGCAUUGUUAAUUAUUAUGUUUAAAUAAUAUUAAUAAUAAUACAAAAUCUAUGUAGCUAUAUUUAUCGAAAUGAAAACGGCAAAACAUGUAUAAUAAUAAAUAUUACAUUAUGCGCACGCCACGACUUUUUACCGUUAUUUCAUCGUUUACCGCGAGCGCAACAAUAUUAUAAUAUAAUAUUAUAUACACGCGAAGGCACGGUUUUUAAUUGCGUUUUUUUAUUUUUAGACGUUGUACUUAUUAUAAACCUGCAGUGCUCUCUGUAGAACAAUUUCAGUGAUAAUGCACGUUCCUUGGUAAAGGAAAUCAAUACUUAUACAUAUCGUAAAACUAUUAAUGGGGCUGCGAUCUUUUUCAGUGGCGUAUCCAGCCACAUUUUUUAACGGGAUGAAGCUAAUCGUAGUAAACGCAAAUGAUAUAUUUCAAUUAAACUAAUAAUGCAAAAAUAAUAAAUCCACAACCUAUAUCAGGUUUAGGUUAGGUCAGCUUUUUUUCUUGAGGUUCACUUUAUUAGUAAUACAUUUUAAACGCUGAAUAUAGUUUAUUUACAUUUUUGUAUUUUAACACAGCUAAUGCUGGAGUCCUCUUAAUCCUCACCCUUGAGUAUGCCACGGGGGGCUACUAGUCCCGGCAAACCCUUUGCUCGUCUCAAUAAAAUAUAUCCAGGGGAAGGGAGAACUGGGAGAAUCAAGACAGUCCGUACAGAUAUAUACCAAAGAUACCGAAAAAAUAAACCAAUAAUAAUAUAUACGUCAUAUCUAUAUAUUAAUUAUAACGUCGUCCUAUACUUAUUUUUGAUAAUUGUGGUUAGAAAUAAUUUUUUUUCGCGAUUUUUGUUUACCCGGAGGAAAAAAAAUCCGUAACAAUAUUUUAGUGUAAUAUUCAUUCUCUUCGAUUUAUUUGGCCCCGAACAGGUUCUCGUCGUCGUCGUCUAACGGUCCGUACGAUAGUAAAAUUCACUUUUACGGCGCAGGUAAUCGUUUGCACGCGCGCAUUUUACGAUUCCAACAAGUACCUAUCGUUAAAAUAAUAAUAAUAAUGUGUACGAAACGUUAUAGUUUUUUGUUUUUUAUUUUUUUUUUAAUCUAUUACUCCAUACCGAAUUAACUGUUCCAAUUACCGUCCAUCUGUAAUAAUUCUUUGACCAGCUUUGGUCUAGAAUUGUAUGCGAAAAUCACGGCCGUUUAUUUUUAAAAUUUGUUAUAUUAUAUCGUCGUUUAAAUUGUAACAGCACAUAUUUCAAAAUUAAUGAAAUUAUAUUACUAUCAACGUAUUAAUAAAACAAGUGUUACCGAAAAUGUUUUGUUCUAUAAUUAUUUCUGUUGAUCGAACCGUGUUUACACUGUAAAUCACGAAAAUGAUAACACUACUUGUAUCAAUAUAACGUUAUCUCUUGUAUGAUAAUAGAUAGCGCGUUUUCGUUACAGACAAGUCGAGACGAAAUGUUGUUUUUUUUAAAAUAGUUUUUUAAUCGUUCAGUAAAACUACAAAAACCGAGAUACGCAAUAUGCACUGUUGCCCAUAUUGUAAGUGACAAUGUUAUUUUGCAAAUAUUGUUAUUUUUAGUAAUAAAUUGAACGACCGAUUGCGAAUCAGUUUAAUUUUUUUCAAGUACCUAUACUUUUUACGGUACACAUAAUAUACAGCCGUGUAAUUAUAAAAUAUGUUGUACUGUGCGGUAAUUUCGCUCUGCGACCGCGUGCAUGCGUUUGUGCUCUGGUUUAAACGUGCGUCGCGUUGGAUUUUAUCGACGCGCAGAUGUCGUGCGAUCGAAGGACCAAGUCAUGGCGGUUACGUCGUUGCGCGUAUUAUAAUAUUAUAUUAUUAUAGUGAAGACGAGGAAAAAAACCGUUUUCAACCUUGAUGGUGUAUUGUUUGCAGAUAUGGAAUAUUCUACGGACAUAUAAUAAUAUAAUGAUGAUGGUAAUAACAUGCGUAUUCGUAGGUAUAUUGUGUAUUAUUAUACUAUGCCGAUGACGAUGUGAAGUCAAUGUAGGCAAUUUUUUUUCGUCUGUUUAACAGAGUGGAGAAUGGAGAGAGAAUGAAAAAAAAAAAAGAUAAACAAUAAACUGCGAUAUUUAUAAUAAUAUACGUGCGCUGUAUAUAGACGGGAAGGCGGUCGACGUGAAGUAGGUACCUAACCUACCUAUAAUAAUAAUAAUAGGUAAUAAUAUUAUUGUUCAUCAAGAGCAUUGGCGGCGGCGGUGUCGAAGCGUAGUCGACGAGUUGCGAACGCGAACUGUAGCAAUCCGUGGGGCAGUAUUGAAAACUUGGGUGAGGGGGGAGGGCUGAGGGCGACACGAUUUUGGCGGCGACAGCGACGGAAUAUCCGUGGACCGGUUACCCGGUAACCGGUCACAAGCGCGCGACAGCCAUCGUUAAUUAAUUAAGCCGAACCCGUAUGACGGUGGCGGUGUCUCGGCUGGUCGCAGCAGGAUACCGAGCGACGGCGCUGCACAAAAGCUUCGGCGCCCGAUCGAAGGGUACACCCGGUUUAUUAUUGUUAUAAUUGUAAUAAUAUUAUUACCGCUGCUUCGGGUUGACCGCCGAAAAACAAUACAGUAAAAAACCUCGUAUACACUAGAGUGCGUAUAAUGCAUAUAAAUAUAUAUUUGUGUAUAGGAAAUCAAUCGUGGGAGUGAUGAAGUAUAUAAAAAAAAAAAAAACCAAAACCAAAACAAUGUAAAGUCCGUUAACCCGGAAGGGUCUUUUUAUUACACGGGUACAAGCGAUGAUAUAUUAAUAACAACAUUGCCGCAGCAUCGUUGUCGUCGUUAACUUUUUCAAUUUCUUUAUUUUUAUCGCGGGCAUCGGUACUAUAUUAUUAUACACACGAGUAUAAUAAUAAUGUAUUAUACAUACCUACUGCUCAUACAUAUUGUUUUUUUUUUUUAUUUUAAGCAACCCAUUAUUCUUCUUACAUAUAAGUACCUAUAUACCUAUUCGCAGUCGCGGUACAUGAAGGGGUCAUUGUUAUACGUGUCGGCCGCGUCGGGGGCCGAGUGACCGCGUGGGCGGCACUGCUGCAUUGUAAUAUUAUUAUAUGCGUUUUUUACGAUGUCCGUAUAUAUACAUUGUCAGUAUGUACCAUCACAAAAAAUCCGAAUUCACCAAAUAUACAAACCUAACCUGGAUAUUCGGAAUCCGAAAUCCGAAAAACGGGAAUUUAAUGAAAAUCGUGAUUUUGGAUUUUGAAAUUUUAAUUUUGGAUACAUUUAGAAAGUUAUAUUUUCAUAAAAUUCAAAAAUUAAUCAUAAUUUUUAAAUCCACAAUUAGAAUUUUCGUAUGUUGAAGUCCGAAAACCGGAAUUUUCGAAUUAUCCGGAUUUACGUCAUCACUCGUUUCACUGAAAUGGUAACGUGGAACAUUUUGCCCGGACAUACUCAAAUUAAAAUAGGGAGUUCACCCCCGCCCCCCAUCUCCGGAAGAUUGGGGGUUCUAAAAUGCUAUUUAUGAUGAAUUGAGCACAUUUUAAAAUGUCUUAAUUAAAAUUUAGAACAAAAUAUUAUAAAAUUAACCAUUUGUUUGUACAACAACAUACUAUGGGUUUAUGCGUACUUGUGUACUUUUAUAGUAUAGAGUUUUCAAAAACGGUGAUUUCCCAUAAGGUUGUAUAAAUAAACAAUUAACGGCUACCUUAAAUACUCAGUAUACAAUGAUUAUUAGCUUAGAUCGAAUUUGAAUAAUAAAAAGCACUGAAAAAUGUGCUCUAAUAUGACCAAAACCAGAUUUGUAAAGGGUAUUUAAAUAAACGCGUUCGAAUAUAUUUUAAGUAUUCCGAAUACCUGUACAAAAAUGAUAAAACUAAUAUUUUGUAUAUUGGUAUAUUAUUAUAUACGGGAUAUUUUAAAUAAGAAUAGGAUUUCUAACUGCAGAAUAUUUUGAACGGACGAUAUUUUGAAGUAGGGGUUACUUUGAGAAGGUACUCAUAAAAAUAAUAUGACAAAUUGAGCAUACACAUGGAUAUUUUUGUAUUCACAAAAUUAAUCGAAAAUCGUUCAGAUUUGAUUACAAAAGACAUCAAAAUUAUUGUUUAAAAAUUUAAUUUAUUUAAAUUCUAGAACAAUUAAAUUUCAUAGGCAGAGUAUAAGGUCACCAAAAAUCGCGGGACGCCUGACGGCACUGAUGUGUACACGUGGUCGUCGGAUCACACGCGAUAUGUACACACUAUACACGCGUGCAGUUGUUAAGUAUCAGGUGCAUGACUUUCGCGCGGUGUUGCUGUCCACUGCGGUGUCUCGUGGACGAUCGUACAAGGAGGAUCGUGUACGUAGCUGUGUACUUUUAGAGUACUUCUAGAAGUUAAAUGACUGUGAUCGUUUUUUUUUCCAAUAAAACGGUAGUUAAAUUUCUUCACUUUUAAUGUCGUGAGUUUUAAUUUUUUCUGAAAAAUUCGAGAAAAAAAUCGUAUUUUUUUGAAUAUUCAAUUUACAUAUUGUAUAAUAUUAUCUGGCUGUAUCUUGGGCAAUUUUCGACAAGGAAAAAACCCUUUUUAUCUUACCACGACUAGACAAAAUUCGCACCAAAGUUGACGAUCAGCACAAGAUUAUUCUACAGGUAUAGAAAUCGGUGGGGGGGGGGAAGCACACAUCAUAUCGUAAAACCGAUACUUACCUCGAUGCGCUCAGAAUCUAAAGAAAAAAACUUCGAGUGUAAUAAUUUAAAUUGCCGCGUUACGUUAACCGUCGUCCGCGUCGUCGGUUAAUUUAUGGUCAGCGUUUAAAAAAAAACCCGUGUAUCGUUAUUAUUACGUACGUACGUAACACUCGUACGUUAUAUCCGAUUGACCUUAGAAAGUGCAGCAGACGUACUACUACGGUUGCGGUGCGUAUAGGUACCGGCUAUACAAAUAAUACUGCGGCGGCGGACUCGCGCGAGUCUGACGUGAAUGCUUAAACGUGUAAAUCUGAAACGAUAAAAUAUAUCCGAUGAAUAUAUGUAUAUAAACGUAUUUAUUAUAUUCGGACGGCGACGUAUACCUGUAUAGAUACUAUGAACUUGCGUUCUGAUAUAGUUGUUUUUUAUUGUUAUUAUUAUUAUUUUAAUAUACAGGGUGAUUUUAUAUUCAAUAACACGGUCCGGCGAUUAUCUACGUAUACACGAAGAUUUCGAGUAAAAUCGAUUUUUGUGUUUUCGCUUUUUUUAGUCAUAAUAAUAUUAUUAUAUCAACCCGGCCGCCUACCAAAGGCAAGACGAUUAUGUCAGAUAAGACGGGACAGCUUGAUUAUUUUGUAACCACUAAUCAGUGAUGAUAAUAUUAAACUUCUUUGGAAUAUUUUAUGAAAAUAAGAUAAUAUUUCAGUGAUAACCAACUGAUAUGACAUAUUACGUAAUAGCAGUGUUUUUAAUUGACCCCACACAGCGGGUCAUUUCGUCGAAAUAGCUUCGCUAUUUUAAGAAAAAAAUAUAUUUUAUACGUAGUUAAGUUUGUUUUGUGUAAUAUUAUUAAAUACUUAUUAAGUAUUUAUUAGCAUAGGUUCAAUAUUGAAUAUUAUUAGUUCUUGGGUGCAUUUUGAGACAAGGCAUGUAGAGUAUGAUCGAACUGGUUUUUUGUAUAGUUAUUAUAAAUACGUAUACAUAUCGAGAUAUUUGAAAAUUUUUUUUUAUAUUUAUUUGUCUCGUUUCAUCUCAAAGUUGUGGUCAGAUGAGGUGAAUUUCGUAGUUAUUAACAGAUGUAUGACCAUUUUUGGGAUAUAAUCGUUUACAAUUUAAAAUGCAGGAAUACGAGAUUAGGGAACAGUUAUCUUCUAAAAAUGGACAAUCUAAUAUCUAUUAUUACCCUUCCUUACUUGUGUGGUUUAAAUUUUAAACUGGCAUACUCAUAUCAUAAACGAUACAAUAUACGAAGUUACUGCAACUAUUAUAAGUAUCGAAAUGUUUGGAAAAAUAAUAAUUUUCCAAUUUGUGUUUAAAAGGGUGAGUUGCUAUUUGAAAAUUAAAAGUUAAUGUUCGUUUAAGGUAUUGUUGGGGAGCAGAGGAAAUGGGUGGAUCAUAAUAAAAAAACACCCUGUAUAAUAUACGCGUAAUACGGCGUGUAACGGAAGAGGCAUAGGCAUUAUAUUAUAUAGUUGCCUAUACGAUAAAUAACAAUAACCAUAAUACCUACAUAAUAAUGGAAUAAUGGUUUGUGUGUGUGCAAGUAUUUUUUUCCGAAUGUGUGUGUUUUGAGUUAUUUAUGGUAAUUUAAACGCACGAAACGUCCGAUGGAGGCGGAAAAUAUAAAAAUAAAUAAAUAAAAAAAUCAUAGAAUGAGAAAGACCGUCGUCUAUCUUUUCGUGUGCGUGAGCUCGUUUAUGUCAGGUGAACGGAUAAUAACUCGGGAUAGGGAUAUUUUUCUUGAAAUCAUGGAAGAAAAGAAAAUAUUAGUUUUUGUUAACCCAAUCUACUUAUUGUUGGUCCAAACCUGAUACUAUUCGGAGAAAGUCGUAUAAUAAAUGUAAAUUUAAAACCUAGUUAAUGAAAACCCACGACGGGUUUUAAUAGAGUAGAGUGAAAACUAGGAAAACCACGUCGAGUAGGUCACAGGAGUUAUAGGAAUCACAGGAAUUAUAGUCUACAAUUAUUAUUAAUGAACGAUGUGCUGCCAUCGUUACGGAGAGCGGUUACGUUACGUCCCGACGACGAUGUAAUAAUCACACUAGGUUGAAAUAGUUCCUUUCAUAUUUAAGAAAAAAUUAUCAGUUUUCUUUAAUUUAAGUUUUCAAAUACCAGAAGGGGGGAGUUCUAGUUAUUAUCACUAUACCCACUGAGAAAUUUUGAACACAAUUUUAAAAACUAAAAUUAAUUUUAUCAAAAAUAAAUUCUUCAACACCUAAUUAUGCAACCAGAUUCUAUUUUACUUUAUUUUUAAUGAGCAAAUAUAUACGUAGAAUAAUAUUUGAGGGGGAAGGGGUUGCAGUUUAUUUUUAAACCAUAUAAGUAUAACAUUUUUAUGAUCAAAUGUAUGUGAGAGAAAAUAAUUUUGAAUUCUCUUUUCCAUGAUGAAUUUGCUGAAAGUUUGGUUAGGUUAAAGUAGUUCUCAGAAACACCUUUCAGUUUUUGAUAAGUAUAGUCCCUUUUGAAGUUUUUUUCAUUUAAAUGGAUCCCGGAUCCAAUCGUUACGAGUCCGACAUGUCUAUCGGGAAAUCAAGAUUUUCCUGGUGGGAUCAUGUUUCGCUGUUCGUACUUAAUGAUGGGGUCUUUACUUCUUGAUAAAGCUCUUGUUUUUGAUUUAAAUUUGUUUUUAGAUGCUCCAAUAGUGUAAAUAACAAGGGUGGGAGUCUAAAGCCAAAAAAAUGUAUUGAAUUCUAACAUCUUUCGUACUAUUCGUAGUUUGGUACGAUAAUUGAAAAAUAAGUUAUGAUCCGGGCUCGGAAAUUAUAGGUGUUGCAUAUAACACUGUAUGUUCUCGAUUCAUAGCAGACCAUGCUGGAAAUUUGUUCUAUAUAACGACGAGUAUAAAAAUUGAACAUUAAAAACAUUUUGCUAGUUUUCGGUUUUUGCGUGCAUAUUUUGAUAAACUCACCUCCAAUAACUUGUGAGCUCUAAUUAUAAGGUUUUUUUGUUGGUUUACCUCGUUACUUUUUUUCUGACGCUCUCUUUUUAAAAAGAGUCUUUGAAAUCAGUUUCCGGUAACAGAAAAUAUCCUUAUCUGGCUAUGUGAUAAUAAUAUAAUCUCCAUUUGUCCCCUUUUUUAUUUGUCACUCCUUGCGGACAUGAUAUCGUGUAGUACUGUCUCAUUGACCAUUGAUCAUCGUGUCUAUCUGACUUAACCUUACUUAACCUGAUCGGAUCAGGUCACGCAGGUUGCAAGGUCCAUGCUUCAUUCGGUCACGACUGUCCCUUGUCUUUCACGAAGUCGUUUUCUUUACUAUACUUACGAUCAUCGUCCGGAGGUUUUACAAAGGUUUUAUCGUUAGGUCAUGUAUGUAUGUGUGUGUGUGUGUGUGUGUGUGUGUGUGUGUGUGAUGAGAGCAUACAAAAUAAACGAAGAAAUGGUGAUGGACGGGGACAUGGGAACGAUGAAAAACUUUUGAAAACGGAUUUUGCGCUGUCGACCGAGAAGAUCGUCUCGCGUGGACUGGCCGCCACGAUGGUUCGUACGGCGCGUAACAGCACUACGGUGACGAUGGAUACGGGUUUUCGUCCGUAAACCGGCAGCGACCAACGGCAACAACAACAACAAUGAUAAUUAUGACGAGAUAUAAUUACAGUAUUUUCGUUGUUGUCAUUAUUAUUAAUAUACGUCCUAUGUCGCCAAAUACCCUAACGUGCGGUGCAUCGACCUUGUCGCGUUUCCGUAUGUCCAUAUCAAGGCCGCAAAAUCGCAUCGGGUCGAAACAGAAAAUUAUGAUUAUAUUAUUUUUUACCGACAACGGUCAUAGUAAGUAUAAGUGUUAAUCGUAAAACGGCGUCGUCCAAGAGUAUAAUUUAAAAAAUGCGAGUAUUAAAAUAUUUAUUUUUUUUUUAUGCUCAUUUACUUACAUGUUCGAUUUCAAAUGAUAAUUUCCCCGAAAUAUCGAUGUUUUUUUUGUGUAUAGAUUAUUCUGGAUGUAGUGAAGAAGCUAUUAGCUGUCUAAGUUUUUUUUCGUUGAGUAAAAGUGACUCAAAUAAUUGUUUACAUCGUACUAUAAAAGAUGCAGAUUUUUCACCUAGUGGUGCUAUGUUUGAAUAAUUUUUGUUUAGAUUUACAAUAUCUUUUGUAAAUAAUUAAAAAAACUGACAACAAUAUGUUGAUGAAUACGGCUAAUACCAUGUAAACCUAACCAGUUGAUCGAGCUUCGCUUUUUGAGUCAAAUGAUUUAUCGUUUAGUACAUUACCUUAUAUUAUCUAUAUCUUUCCACAUUCCCACCUACAACAAUAACCUCCCCAUGAUACCUUGUCCGGCAUUUUUAGUUUUCAUUUUCUACACCAUGUUGAUAUUGAUUUGAUAUCUAUACGCAUCUUUGUUGGAUAUCAGUAAUUUUAAAAUGUAAAAAAUGACAUCGCAAGUGGUCGCGUAGCGAAACUAGGUAAUUUGCUCUUGGAGAGAGAAAAUGUUCGCUCAUACAAAAAACAUGAAAAUUAAAAUUUGGCACAAGGCCGCGGGUUAGCUUUAAUGUACGAGUCACCGUCGCGGUGACACAAUCGGUUGCUUGGCAGCAGUCGUCUAGACAACGAAACAAAAUAAAGGAUGUCGUGGAUAUACCGGACGGACGGGAACAAAUCGGAUUUGUGUACAUGUUUUUGACAAAAAUAAAAAAACUCGUACAACAAUAAACAGUAAUAAUAAAACUAGUGCGUGUGUGCAGAAUUUCGUAAUUUUUUUUCAGAAACUUAUAUUAUUUGUUGCAGUUAACCGAUAGAAACGCUUAAUACACUAUUAUAUAGGCAUUAAAAUGACAAAUAUUUUGUUUUUUGUAUUAUUAUCGCGAAUAGCUUUGGCAUGAAUACGAAACUAUGGGUACCUACAACAUUUCAAAACGAUUUUAAAAUGAUUUAUAUGAUGUAUUUUAAGAAUUUAAAAGAAUCCUUUGUCUACUAAAAGUUGGCACUAAGUACAGCUACCCAACGACAACUCACCGGUGUUUCAUUGUGGUAUACUACAAUCCUCUGGUAUCCACAAACGGUGUCUGACGACUAACUGUAGCUCACGAAUCCUUGGUAUGAUCCGAAAAUUUAAUAAAUGGUACCAGGAGUUCAGAAGGGGGAAUGACUCGAAGACUUGGACGUGUUACCUUCGCAAUGAAAGAUCCAAUGAUUCGAAGAUUGGUACCAGGAGUUCAGAAAGAUCGAUGUAGUGGCUGUCCAAACAACCUGGGUCACCCAUUUGACGAUCGAUCGCUUCUGGUACCAAAUUUUAGUUUUUGACUUUAAAACUGUCAAAAACAUGGAAAUUUAAUUCUAAUAUAAUUAUUAUAUCACUGCAAGUAAUAAUAUAAAGAAACAGAUUUGUUUUAUCUUUGUUAUCUCAGGAGAUAUUGCAAUGGGUAUAUUUUUGUAGGACACUCAGUAUAUUAUCAUUAUGAAUUUUAAUAUUAAGGGGUAUGGUGCAAUUUGAAUUGUGCAAUACAAAUUGUGACGACCUUGACUUUUUAAAUUAAAAAGACAUUUUUUUGUAAAGGUUUUAUGAUUUCUAAUACACUUUAAUGUUCUUAUUAAUUACCUGCACAAUUAUUUAGUAGAAACUCUGAUGGCAUAUGUAGUAUACUUGAUAUAGAACAGUCGAUGCAAAAUGCCAUAUUUUGUUUAAGUUUUGAUAAUUUUGGAAAGAGAAAGAAUGAAAUAUCCUAGUCCAAAAUCGUUAGGGUUCGAAUCGUGUUUGAAAUAACCGCACGAAUCAAUUUGUAUUAGGUCUUACGAUAUUAUAGAAGCCAUCUUUGGCGAUUUCUCACACCGCCGAACCAGCACGAAAUCGAUAAUUUUUUUAUUCCAGAUUUUACUCUGAUUAUUAUCUGCAGACGGAACAGGGUCACAUCGAUGUGAUAAUAAUAAUAAUAAUAAUAAUUAUUAUUAUAUACUAUGUACACUUUCUUUAUGCCGAACGCGCGUGUGUAUAGGCAGCAGGUAGGUACGUGUGAAAAAAAUAUCCGCACGGAAAAAGUAUUCAAAAGGAAAAGUAUUCGAGGAAAAAAUUUUCGAAAGUAUAAUGUAUUAUUAAUAAUAUUUAUUAUAUUUAAAUCGAAAAUAUCCUCGUCAUUAAUAUUUUCAAAUCUAAUACCAAACAAUAAUAUUAUUUAAUAAAAAAAAUACUUCGCACUGUGGGUGAUCAUUGUUGUAGGUGGGAUAUUUGUAAUGUAAAGGAUUAUUUAAUUUUGUAGUAUAUUGAAAGCGACAAAUUAUUGAAAUCAAAAAACGAUUAUUAGCAAAUCACAGUGAACUGGUCAGAUUGUAGCGUUUUCGCUUUGUAGACAAGGUAAUCCAGAAAUCAAUAAAAAUAUGAAUGAUGUAUCAAUAUUUGUUUUUUUAUUAUUAUUAUUUGUUAGAAAAAUCGUAGGAAUCUAGAAUUUUUUUGGGGCUUACCUGUUUUCGUCAAAAUUUAAAAUGCCCGGUUUCGCCGUCGCUCGUUUCCGUCAACUUAAAAAAAGGUUUGAUUCCCGUUUCCGCCAAUAUACCUGCUAAGGUACAAUUUUUAUAUUUACAUUUGACAUUUUUAGAGGAAAUUUUGCAUUUUUAUGUCAUGACAAAGUUAUAUCAAAUAUGUACUUCUUCUUAAUACAUAAUAUUUUGUCUGUUUAUUUAAUUUACCCCCUACAAUUGUAAAAUUAAUACUGUUCUAAAAUAAUAGUAAUAUCAAACCUGUUUCAUAUCAUUAAUUAAGAUAAAAGUUAAUAUUAAAAAUAUAAGAUAAAAGUUUCAUUUCCCUUAGGUAUUCUAUAAUUAUAGAGUUAUACUAGAUAUAUAACUAUACUCAUAACGAACGGCUUAAACGUUUUAGUGUUAAUCAUUGUUGAGGUAUUUUUCGUUUAAUAACUAAACCAUGGAAUUUAUUGAAAAAAACAGACCAACAUAACUAUACAUAUAUAGACCAACCUAACAGACCAAAAAUUAUAUUAUAUUUUAUGUAAGUGACUUUUUGAUAAAACUUUGUAAUGUAAGUAUAAUGACUUUAGCAAGUAUAUUGGCGGAAAUGGGCAAUUGAGGAAACGGACAUUUUAAAUUUUGGCGGAAACGAUAUAUCCUUAAUUUAUAUUCGUGUUUCACUGUGCGUAUUUUUUAAGGUGAAUUAAUCAGAGUAUUUUUACUAACUGGAAAACGUUUUCCCAAAAAAUAAAACAUAUCUUAAAUGACAAAUUUUUUUUUUGGAAAAUAAUAUGACGGGAAUAGUGUGGUGGCAGAACACUUAAUGGAAAAACGAUUUGUUAAAAAAAAAAAAAAACAUUUUUAUCGUUCUCUUAGAACAAGUCAAAAUAUUGUUUUUCUCUACAUGCGUUCGUGUAGGUUUUUUAAAUAAUAAUAAUAACAAUAAUAAAUAUUAUAAUAUGUUUUUCGCAGUUAAUCAAACUACAUGAGCAGAUAUGUGUGUCGGUUCUUUCGGACGGUGGUAUAAUUUUUUAAUAUAAUAACAUGGACCUCUUUGACCUCUGCGUGCGUGUGGUUUACCGGACGAUUUCGUGGUGUGAAUUCAAUUAUUGUACGAUAAAUCAUUUCGUAUACGUAUAUAGUUAAAUUAAAUAUAUUAUUUUCGAAAAGAGAGGAGAAGAAAAAACCGCGGGACGGCGCACACGCCGCGCUGUCGCUGUGGUAAUAUGAUUUCCCGGCGGCCUUGACUUUGUCGAAAAAGUGAAAAGAAGAGAAUUAAAAAAAAAAAAAAAAAAUAAUAAUAAUAAUAAUAAUGAAAAGAAAAGAAAAGAAAGAUGGACAGACAGCAGCAGCCGACUAAAUUAUAAUAAACGGCGUUCGGAGGACGAAAGAAAAAAAAAACUCGUCGCACGUGUGAUCUGACUCCCACGCGGCACGUGCACGCGGUUUUUUAAAUAUAAAUGUGCAUUUCCCACUGUUCGUUUUUUUCUUUUUUUUUAAUGUAGUUUUUCGUCCUCUUUCCGUCACCGUUCUAAAAUUAAUUCUCUAUGCAAUCGCUCGGCCCAAGUAAAUAUUAAAUAUAAUAAUAGAUCGGCUGACCGAAGACGUCCGUACUCGAAUCCGUGAUAUCGAUAAUAUAAUCAUUAAGCGCACGUACAGUAUUCAGUAAGAAAUAGUUUAAAGAAAAGGUAAAUAUAAGUUUUAUUGUCUAAAUUUCAAGUCUCUGCGAAUAUUUUAAACUGAAUUUACGGAAAAAAAAAACCGGACGGACAUGUUUUAAAUCACGGGUGGGCCAAUGUUGUGGGUGAGAAGUUGGGAAGUUAGUAUACAUAGGGAAAUUUAAUGUAUGUAAUAAUUAGUAAUUACUAACUAAAAAUGAUUCUCAAUGUACCACCUUAGUCGGAUUUCCUUUCAAAAAAAGUGCUACAUUUAAAAAUUGAAACAAAAUUUCAGAAAAGAUGUUCACAGAUAAAAAAAAUAUAAACAUAAUUUUAAAACCAAUAUAUUCCUCGCUUCACUGGGAAUCAAAAAGUAAAGGCUAUCCCAAAUAUUAUAUAGUUCACGUCCAACGAUCUGCGGAUGAAACGCUGAAAACCCAUUUCGAAAUACUCCGAUGUUUGCGUGUAAUACGAUUUUGAAAGAGUAAACCACCCAAAAAAUAUCUAAUCAUAAAACAUCAAGAGGUGGUAUCGUAUUUUUGAUCGCACUAUUGGUGCAUUCGGUAAGUCAUAUUUUGAAAUAGCUCGACGAUAGCUUAACGAUACAGAGAACAAAUGAUGAAAAUCCAUAAUAUUUUUGGUUCGGGCGAAAUUUCAGAAUACAUAACAUGUAAUGGUAUGAAACCACGAUGGAAAACCACGCAGGAAAAAGGUUACUGACAUUGGAAGCAUUUUUCACUGCGUCCAUUAUUUCGUCCUUGUUAAAGAGCCAAACCUAUUCAAAUUUUAACAGUUUGCUCAUUUUUUAUUAUUAUUUUUUUUUUUUUAAAUUACGUUCAUGUCAUCGGGUAGAACUUGUAUACGUUCAAUUUCUGAUCGUGAUCAAAAUAUCCUACCAUGAUAUACUUUUUAAACUUUUACGUGUAUGAGUCCGCCAUUCCUCGUUAAAUAAUGCUAUAUUACAGGAAAAAAUUCGCAACCCCACCCCUCCCCUUCGACGAUUUAUAACACAAUAUUAUGCUGUUUACAGGUAUAAUUUUCGACCCGUGCUGAAAAUUCGUGUCCAUCACGCAACGUUCCGUUAAACCGUAUACGGAUAAUAUUAUAAAAUUUUCAAAUACGACGACACUAAAUCGUAAAUACUUCAACCUAGCACGCGACCCAAGCAGCACGUAAUAUUUAUUAUUGUACUUUAUGUAUUAUUGUUAUAUUCGACGACACGUGAUCAGACUGGGUAAUAAUAUAAUAUCGUAUAAUACGUAAUAUACAUUAUAAUACGAGUAAAUCAUUCGUAUGGGUAUACGAGUAUAAUAAUAAUAAUACAGUAUAUACACUGCACUGGCACUGCAGUGAGACGGGUUUCAUUGUAAUAAUAAUAUUAUACGAGAGAGAGAUUACGAUUGAAAAUUCGUCAUGGCGGCGGUCUUGCACCAUCACGAAUAAUAUAAUGUCUCCCGGAGUAUAUCGUACGAAUAAAUUAACUGUUACAGCCGCAACAGUCACCCCCUUUGUGUGCAUGUGUAAGUGUGUAUGUAUGUAUGUCGUUAUUAUUAUCAAUUUUUUUUUCGAACCUAUUGCAGAUUUAUCGAUUGCUUUUGAAACGGUUAUAAUGUAGCGAAGAAAUAAAUAAUAAAAAUAUUUCAAAUAAGUUUUCUCGUAAAUGCCUCUGCUAUAUAAUAACAACAAUAAUAAUGCUGCUCAGUAAACGACCGAUUAUUAAGUAAGGUUCUUGAAAAUCGCGCGAUAAAGUCAGUUUCGAUCCUACAACAGUGAUAGUAUUUGAUUUUAUAAUUGUUAUUUUACCCUAAUACAUAAAUAUAUAUAUAUAUUUUUUUUAAAAAAGUCGGACGUACUUUGUAAUAUCUAUGGAAAGUUCGACUAAGGCGAGAUAGAGAACAUUAGGUAAUCAUUAAGUUUGUACAAAACGAUUCCGGAUGUGACACGAAGCCGUGAAAACCACAAUGGUUCAUAUACAGGCCUUAAACUACAUUUUUAGAAACAAUUUAAAUGAAAAUUUAAUUGACUCAAAAACAUUCAAAUGAUACUAUUUUUAUCAAAAAAAUGUUUAUUGCGCGUAAAAAACAAAGUUUACGCAUUCUUUAACCUUCAAAGUUCAAAAUGAUUUUAGAGAUUUACUUGUUUUUGCUAAAAAUAUUUACAAUUACAGAUAGAUAAAUAAUUUGAAAUAUUUGUUGUUAGGUUUAGUAUCAAGAUGUUUUCCCGAAACAUUUUUAAUAAUUUUACAAAACCUGCUAUUACUUGCUAUCUUCACUGUAUGAAUUUUAAAAACUUUAAUUGAUUUCGGGAGAUAUUUCGCGACAUGGACGUGUAUGCAAAACUUAAAUUUCUGUCAUUGACGUUCGGCACCUCCGAUUAAUGGACCAUUUUCGUGAAUCGUGAUGAUGAUGGUUAUUAGCUUGGGUAUAUAUAGACUUUUGCCUUAUGAGGUUCCUGCCGAAAACGAGAUUCAAAAUUUGAAACCACCGCACGUGCGAUGCAUAAUAAUUCUUGUGCGAGACAUGAUGUAUAAUAAUAAUAAUAAUAAAAUAUAUUCUCAGGAAACGAGUCGGACACAUAGAGAAAAAAAAAACAAUCCAUUAUACGUCCAUUAUUUGAUAACGACAUUAGACCGGUAAACGAUAUUUACGCCCCCGACGGAGACUUCUAACUAGGUAUGUGUAUCGAGCGAACGUUCUCUGCAUCUCUCAGUUUACACUCUACUUGAACUAUUAUUAUUAUGUAAACCACGUCGUCAUUAGCUGCAGCUAGUUUAGGUUCGUGAAAACAAACGCGUCACGCGGAUGAAAAUUCAUCGACAAAGGAAUUAUCGAUCCUAAACUUAUACCUGUACAAAACGAUUAGAUUUGUUUUAUUUAAAACCGCUCGUUGUGCUAGUAGUAAAUUUCAUGGGUAAAUAAUAAUAAUGCCAUAAUAUAAUAUUACCGGUAAUAUUAGACCCUUACAAUAAGGUCCUUAUUAGUAAUCAAUUGUUAAAUAGUAAAUAUCCAAUGUAGUUACAAUUAUUGUCGUCUGAGGUGCUACUAAAGCAAAUAACUUUUUCGGCCGAGUUGAUCAUCUAUAUUUUUUUUUGCCUAUGAGAAAAUUCAAAACUCCAUUUUAAACAAAAUAUAUUACAUUGAAUACGGUCGGCGGUGAUCAGUUUUUCAAAGAGCAACCAUGGUUGAAGAUAGUGGUGUGCAUUAGUGAGUGAUAGAGAUAUUACGGCGGAUGUGACAUUUCAUUCAAUACGUUGAAAUUUAAACUAUCGAGUUGGCAAUUGAACGAUUAUUCAAUUUUAAAUUCGGAAAACUAAUCAUUUUUGGUUUUUUUCUUUAUUUCAUGAUUAUACUGGUUAAAUAUCUACGCCCUAAUGUUAUAUUAAUGUCGUCAAAUUAAUUACCCACUUGUCAUAACAUAAAAUCAGGAAUGAAGACAAUUUUUCGAAGUUGGUAUUUGAGGUUAGCAAAUUUGUAAUCAUACUUUUCCCUAGAUUUUUGUAUAAAUCGGCUCUGAGCCAAAAGGCUAAUAAUUGCAAAAAAAACUCGAAUUUAUUUGCUGCAUUUGCAAUUUUUUUUAAAGAAAAUUUAUACUCAUACUCGAUACAGAUUCGUUAUGAAAUGUUAAUUAAAGAAACGUGCUUAAGUUUAAAUUCUGAGCUCAGCGAUGAAUGAAUUGAUUUCACUAUGAGGUGUGCUUUUUGCACUUUUGGAUCUAGUUAGUAGCCAUUUUUUGAUAUUCCUUGCAAAUUGGAAAAAACUGUAAAAAAAACGAAAAAAUUUAAAAAUAAAAAUUGCAAUCGAGUUUUUUGAUUUUCAUUUUCCAUCAAUCUUGAUCUGAAUUUCGAGUAUAGCAUAAAUAUAAUACACUAAAAGGAGAUUUCAUCUAGUUGGUGCAUAAGAAGGUAUUUAUUUUUUUUUGAUUUCCUGUGUAGUUUUUUUAAAAAUUGGAAAAACUAAAAACGAGAAAGUUUAUGGAAAUAAGGUUUUCAUAAUUUUCAAUUUUUUUUUUUUGUGAUUUGAUUGAAAUAAUCUUAGAAACCUGAAAUUUUUAAGAUACUUAUAUUAACCUUUUCUAGACGGUUGUUUUUUUAUUUAUUUUAUAGUUUAGUUAUGUAAAAUGUAUGCUAUGAUAAUAUAUUAAAAUGUAUAUACCUAUACCUAUAUACCUUUGAAUUGGAUGGAGAAUACAUUUGUGAAAUAUUACAUACAAAUCGUGUUUCUAAUGUAACGUUUCCUUCUUUUGUACUAAUAGGUGUGAUGACCAGGCAACGAUGACAUGGAGGCGGCAGCCAGUGUGGUUCAGAUGACAGGGGGCGGCGGACGGGUGGGGAUGAGCACGGACAUGUUCCUGUUGCCGUCCAGCCCAUAUACAUCACCGCCGGGCGUGAUUGUCACCACGGGAUCGCCAAACUCAGGCGUCCACCAAUACGCAGCGGCCACGCUUACUUUGUUGCGGCGUGAUGCAUGGGUGUUGCCGGUGCUCAUACUGUCGGCGCUUACUAUGACCCUGAUUAUGACAUUCGAGGUGAUUAUACAUUUUUGCUAUUUCUCGGACGUCGUCGGGUAGAUGCUCCUCCGUUAAUAACACUUCAACAAAAAGCCUUCUAUACUCGCCGUAAUUUUGAACAACAUAUUUGAGAUUAUGUUCUGCAGUAAUUCGUUUUACCACACCACACGCACGUGGGAAGAACUGAUUCAAUCUUUCCCCUAUACACGUGAUUAGUGCUUACUUCAUAUUCUUUUCAUCAAUUUAAUUGGGAUCCAGACAAUUUAAUAGUCCCAUUAAAAACACACAUACUAUUUUUCUGAAACACGCAUAAUAUAUUAAACAACAACUGAUAAGCAAAAGAGAAUAUCCGAGAUUGUGUUUCCCAUAGAUCUUAUACUAAUAGAUGGAACAUGCUAUAGUUCACAGCGUACACGACAGAUGGCGUUUCAUAAAGCACCAAAGUACUACACAUAUACCUACUAAGCCAGGAAAUAUCCUCUUCACCCAACUCUCGUCCUAAAAAAAGUUCUUCGUUUGGAUUUAUUACAAAAUCGCCACAUGCGAAAAAAUAUUUUAUAAAAACAUCGAUAUCAUCAAAACAAAGAAGGUUAUAGACAAUCUACAAAAAUAUUUAUGCUCAGGAGAACCCACAGAAGUCAGUGAUAUCAAUCCUACUGCUCUUGGAUGCUCCAUUGCACGCAAUUCAAACAGUGCCGGAACUUUUUGAAUAGACUUUGUGUAUAUAUAUUAUGCAUAUACUAACUGUGCCACACCUGAUAAAGCCCGCACCAAUUUUGUAUUCUUUUUAUCUUUAGUCUCGUUUUGCUUUGCCCGUAUCAGUAUAUUGAGCAAAAAAAGGCAGAAAGUUUUCUAGUAUUUAAGUUGUUAUGUAAUCAUUGUAAUUCAUUAUUUAACAAAAAUAAUUUAAUUUUCGUACUAAAAUUACCUGAAAACCUUUCAUAUCCUUUAAAUUUUAUUUUCAAAAAGUAGUCUAUGUUUUUUCAUAACAAACAAACUUACUUUCACAUUUAUAGUAUUAAUGUAUAUAUAUAUAUAAGUUUAUAUAUAAUACUUUUAAUAUAAUAAACGCAUACAUACAUUGUACACAUAUAUAGAUAUCAUAGACCAUAUACCAGUGAAUUUAUAUUGUAUUAAAAAAAAUCUGUUACCUAUCUUAAUUUGUACUUUGUAGGUACUAAACAACAAUACAUUUAUUAUUGUCAGUUGUUAUAUUAUUACCUUCGAUAAAAGUUUAAUACAGUCAUAAUAGAUAACAGAUUUUUCAAAUAUAACCAAAAAUAACCGUCAUAAUAACGUACCAAGUCAUAUUAUUUAUGGUAUAAUCUGUAUAAUAAACUAUGCUUUUCAUUGAAAAAUAAGAAUUAGAAAUAUAUAUAUAUAUAUAUUUCUUAUUUAUCCAGAUAUCUCUUUUUGCUUAGCAUAAUAUAUUAAUUUAAUAACUUUUUCUCAAGAUGUAUUUCACUACAUCAUUUAUUAAAAUAAAUGUAUUCUACAAUUGUGUAAUUACAUGAAAUGUAAUAACCUAUUAUACAAUUUAAAUCACGUAUAAAAUGCGAUUACACAAUUUCGGAAGAAAUUGUUUAUAUUUGAAUUUUAUUUUCACACUCCUAUAGUUAAUCUUAAUACGUAUUUAAAAAUUAACUUUUUCACACAUUUUCUUUUUGGGUGCAAUUCGUGUCAUUCGCAACUCGAGUGUAUCUGUUUUCAUGCACGUACACCGAAAUUCGUUACGAUUAUAUCCACGCUGAAAUUAAUAUAAAUCCGGAAUAAUACGGUCUGUUAUGUACAUAUAUAUAUAUGUGUUAUACAUGUAUAUUGUAUAUACUUAUUGAUUUUUGAUCGGUGAAAAUUAUGUUAACGGAUAGUAACUGUGGUAGUAAUGGUGUAUUUUUUUUUAGUUUAUUUGUUUUUCCCCGUUGUUCGCUGUAGGUAUUCGUGUUGUGCAAGACGAGAAAAACGGAACCGAGCAGGAGACAUCUUUUCUUGGGACAGGCACUUCUGGGUGGAUUGUUCAUGUGCGCGGCGGUCAGCGGGCUCAUGUGCACCCAGCCGACCGUCUUGACGUGCGCCACCGUCAGACUAUGCACCGGACUCGGGUACUCUAUGGUGUUCGGCACACUGCUCGUCAAGUGCGUGUUCCUGAUUAGCCUCAACGGUGGCGUCUACUUGCCUGCCCCGUACCAAGCGCUCUUGCUGUUCUUUACGGUGGCCAUACAACUGGCCAUCGGUAUCCAGUGGCUCAUUUACUCGCCGCCUCAACUGCUGUCGUCGCAAGUAAGUGCAGACCACGACAAGUCACACCUAUAAUAUAACCCAGUUUCAUAAUAAUAACACCGUGAUAUUUUUUUGCAGUGGACAAGCAGCCUGGACAACAGUUGUGACACCAAGUACCAGCACAUGUUAGGUUCCCUGGUAUACGCGGCUGGUCUAUUGUUGGCCGUCACCGUAUUGGCCAUCAAGUCUAGACAUAUCCGAGAUAACUAUCGUGAGGCGAUGUACAUUGGCCUAGCUGUCGGCUGCACGGCACCACUGUGCGUGGGCUGGGCCGUAGCUGGCUUGUGGGCUACACAACCCGGUGACCAGGACGGCUGUCUGGCGUUGGGACUCGGUGCCACAGCGGCGCUCGUACUGCUCGUCAUGUUCAUGCCCAAAGGUCGGCAACUGGCCGCGAUGGGCCGAGAUGGUCUGUACGAUGAGGACAAGCUCAGUACGCUCAGCAGACCCGCGUCUCCAUCUUUUUUUCACUUUAAACCGUUCAUGACGCCCAUGAAGCACACGUCGACAAUUAACACAUUCGGAGGUAAGGGAUCUACCCUCAAGGGUUUUCAAUCCCAAAUGGUUCAUUUCCGAGGUACUAAAAUCAUAUUGCAAAAUAGAAAUGCAGAUAAAUAUUAUUCCGUAGCUUUGAAAAUCAAUUUCAUUUUCAAUUUAAAUUUAGAAGAAAAAGACUCCAAACUCAGAGUUGUUCUAUGUUUGAAAUAAUUAACUUUCCACCUACUAAAAGGAAUAAUUAUAACAACAACAGAACUAUAUAAUGUGUUUGUUGUAUUAGAAUGUACAGGAUGAUCGACUCAACUGGAAACAUUCAUUAUCUCGAAAAGUAUUAUUUUUUUUCGGAAUUUUUUUUUGAAAAUUUAAGAAACAAAUAGUUCUCAAAUGUUACAUUAUCAUUCUUUUUGUUAUCAACAGAUGAAACGACUAUCUAUUUUUGAUCUUCAAAUGAUAACCUCUAUUGGAAGUACUUUAAAUAGAUGAAGUAUUAGUUAAAAUAAAUUUUGGUGUUGACAUUUUUGAUUUCCAUCAACUCGUUCAUGAAAUAUUCCACUUUUAAAUUUGGAUAGGGGGGAAGUAACGGAGUAUCGUUUGUGUGAUGGUAAGGCGUAAGACGUUUGAAUAGUUCUCUACUAUUUUUCCCUUAUGUAAACUUAUACGUAGAAUAUCUCCCGAAUGAGUUGAUAGAAAUCAAAAAUAUAAACACCAAAUUUAUUUUAACUAAUACUCCAUCUGUUUAAGGCAUUUUCAAUACUAUUCGAAAAUUAAAAUUAGGUAAUCGUUUCACUCCCGAAAAUUAGGGUGUGAAAAAAAAUGAUAAUGCAAAAUGUUAGAACUAUUUAUUUCUAAAGUUUUCAGAAAAAGUUUUAAUUAAGAGUUAUUUAAUAGGUGGAUUGAAGUGACAAAAUUGGGUUGAAUUUCAAACUCCUACAGAAACCCUCCAAAUAAAACUGGUGAGAGAGAGGAGUUAGUAUCGAGGAUGUGCUAAUUGGGAGUUUCAACUUUCAACUCCCGGUCUACGAUUUUUAUGCUCAAAUUUAAUUUUUUUUUUCUUUUAAGUAGUAGUAGUUGUGCCUAGUGUAGUAUAGUAUUGUAUAAUAUACCUACAGUAUUUGCGGUCAUUUAUUGUUUUACAAAGAAUACUUCUAUAAAAUAGACGGUAGAAAAUUCGACUCUAGUAGUCUAAUAGAGCUUUGCGAGUGUUAAAAAAAAAAAUACAGCUAUAGCGGCGAUCUGUACCUACUUAUUAUUUUGAUCGGAACCACACGUGUCCUGAUUAAUUUAUUAAUUCAGAACACGUGAAAUGUACAAAUAUCCUUCCGGCUGUCCGAUAAUAUAAUCGUUCGUCCGUAACCUAUCGGUGUAAAUGUGUGUCAAUAAUCGAAUCGUUUCAUGUUUUCCGGUUAGCGGUAUCGUUUGUAUAUCGUCAGUACAUUAAAAUAUUAUAUACAUUAUAUAGCGUGUAUCGAAUAAUUCUCAAUUAUGUACGCGUUUUGUUCAGUUUUAUAUGAUCGCGAUCGUCGUCUUCGAUGCAGUACGAUCAUUAUUCGUCUUUAUUAUCAUAUUUAAUCGUGUUAUAUUAGAUUAUCUAACGUAUUAUAACAGUAUAAUCGUAUUUGGUGAUCUGUCCGUCUAUCUUCAAAAACAUAAUUUCCCUACUUGAUUAAAAAUGUUAUCGGUGUUAGUACGUUUUUAUUUUCAUAUAUCACUAUACUGUAACACUGCAAUAUGUAUAAUAAUAAAAUAACAAGUUAUCUACGUAUUGUCGUCGUUGUUGCCGGUGGACGUAUAGUCGAUUAUAAAAAAAUAGAAAAUACUCGUAAUGCCAAUGUGAACACAAAACAAAAUGAGAAAAGUACUUUCUUCUAUCUCUCGUGUAUAUGACCUAGGUGAAUCCUUUGUCAGAUAAUCACAUAUUAUGUAUAUUAUUAUAGUUUAAAUGAUAGCUGUCUCGUUCUUGCAAACGUACGAUAUAGCUUAUUUGGGUUCAGCAGGGUUUCAUUAGCAAGUUCUUAAGACCAGGUAAUAGGUUCGUUCUAUUGGAAUUCUGUGGUGUGAUGUAGGAUAAGGAAUUGCCUUUUGAAACAAGCAUAACAGCAAAGGACUUCAAAAAUUAACAAAUGAGAGAAGAGUUUAAUCAGCGACAUGUCCAGGAAUUUAAUUGGAAGGGGACGUAGUGAAAAUUCGUCAUAAAUAAAUCAUAGAAUUUUCUUCUUUACCCAAUUGGACAGCGGGAAUUUAAAAGCCGGAUUCGAAAUCCGAUUUUUAAUCAUUAAAUCAUUAUUUUUCUUGUAGUUCGACUGAAAAUAUUGAAAUAUAAAAAUGUCAAGAUCAAAUCACUGAAUAUAAACUGUUUAAAAACAACAGCUGUGGGUAAAAAUGCCUUUAUUUGUAUUAAAAAGUCAAUGGGGGUAACACUUGACCCAUAACCUCUCUGCGCACAACACUAUGUUUAAUUAUUAAUAUUUUAAUAUUAAUUUGGCUGUUGUGGGCGUCAUCAGUGUGACGAGAAUGUUACUAUAGUUAUUAAUUUAUAUUUAAAGAAAAAACUGCGCGCGUCAGAAAUUUCGUCAAACGAAUCCGUUCCGGAAUCACACAGUUCUGCUCGGCGAGUUUACUGGAGCGCCACACCUGCCGUUUUUACGUACAGCACGCGCACACGUCGCUCGACUUUAAACAGCAUUUAAACGCCGGAUUCCGGAAUUAUUGUUUAUCAUGCCGCGGUGUACCCUAUAACCUGUAUUUCCGGUUUUGGUGCGCCCGAUAUUCAUCUAUAAUAAUAAUAACAAAAGGUUUUUACCGUCUAAUACUCGUAGGUAUUACCGCCGUAUGUAAUGUAUCUACUUAUAAUAUUUGAUUACGUUAAACUCAAACAUUGAAUUCGCUACGAGAAAAAAAAACCAGCUCACAAAAUGUAAACACCGGAAUUUGUUUGGAUUUACCGCAUUUUGGCCCCCUUCGAAGAGUAUUUUUUUUUCACGAACCAGCAAUUCUCUCGGAAGAUUUUUAGUUAAUUUUUUUCUUUUUUUUAUAACCAUUAUAGAAUUGCUUAAACUUUAUUUUAAACCGUUUUUAAAUUUUUACUAUUACUCUAUACACCUUAUAUAAGGUGGUACAUACUUUUGUUUUUUCAAACCUUUUUUUUUUUACACAUAUUUAAAUAAAAAAUAUUUUUCUAGACAUUUUCAUUUGCUUAAAACUAAUUUAAGAUUUAUAAAUUAUAUCCAUUUAAAUUUUAAAUCAGAGGAGUAGGGAAAAGUUAUCAAUUUAUCAUUUAAAAAUAGAUAGGAAAUGUAUUACUCUUCUUUACUCUUCCUACUUUAAAUAGUUAUAACCCAAAAUGAUUAAUCUGUUAUUAGUAUUAUGCAAAUUAAAUUUUCUAGAAAAAUAUCCUGUAUUUGAAUCUGGUUUUCAAAAGGGGGUUACAAUUUAAAAAACAAAAGUAUAUACUUAUUUACUUUGUAUAAAGUGGGAGUAAAAAAUAAAAAAAACGAGAAAACAAAUUCAAAAUAUUAACAUGUAACAACUUAAUAACUUAUAAAAUAAUAUUAGUGAUUACACAGAAUUAUCAUUUUAUAUCAUUACCAAUUAUCUGGCAAUCAAUGUCUUAUCAUUUUGGUAACAACAGUUCUCUUCCGUCACAGAACGUUUUUUUUUUAUAAGGUAUACUAUACUUGGUAUAGAGAUGACCCAUCGAUUACUUUAUUAUCUAUGAUCAUAACUCAGAUAAAUAUGUCGUCUUAUUUAUUUUUAGAUUCUGAGCGAAGCGAGAGAUCUAUUGGUUUUACAAUGAUGUUCAUUUUUUUUUUCUUACAUUGUUUACGAAAAUUUUACUAGAAAUCUUGUUUUGAAGUAUUGAGUAUAGUAACUUUUCUGAAAGGGAAUUAUUCUGGAGAGGUACUUUAAAGAACUUAUUUUUUUGAUUUUCUCAAGGGUUUUAAUAAUAACUGGGAAAAAACGAGAAAAGUUACAAAAAUAAUGCUUUUAUUAUUUUCAAUUUGGUUUUUGCUUGUAAUUUAGUGAAAAAUAUUCGUAGACUUGACAUUUUGACAGAAACCAUAUAUUUGAUUUUUUUAGACGUGACAAAAAUUUCAAAACAUUUGAGUCAUUUUUAAGCUAUUGAGAAUUUUAAUUUUGCAAGUUUUUUUCGUAUUAUUUAUUUGGUAACUAUUCUAUGGAUAAAAUGUUUAGAUCAAACAGAAAUGCUUAACAAUUUAAUUGGAGGUUCAUUAUAAAUUGUGUUUAGUGGCCAACAAGAAUAUAAUAUAAUAGGUAUACAAUUUCUUUGUUACGCGUGCUCAUUCGUUUUUUCGUUUAAUUCGUUUUAAUCUAGUUUUUACUAUAUUACGUUAGAAAAAAAGGUCGAAGAAAGUCUUUAAUAUAACUGUACAAUGUUGGGAAUAUAUUUCGAUAUGUACAUAUUUUUUGGAUAAAAAUUUAUUUUAUAUGUUUUAUAUGUUUAUUGUUAUUUUAUAUUUUACACCUCCUAUUAAUUAUAAUUACUACUAUCGAUUAAAUGUUGACGAGACGAAAAUGAAAAUCGUCGAUUGUGUAUUAUAAUAUUAUUAUUAAUAACGGUCGAUUCGUGCGGAAUUUGAGAUAAAAUUGUUUGUACAUAUCUAUACUACAAAAAUCCUAUGGAGCAGCGCAUGUAUGGAGAAUCAACUAAAAUAAAUGAAAAAAAGGUGAAAAUAUGGUUAACUACGAGUAUAAUAUACUUAUUAAUAAUCCAACCGAAGAUUUCACAAAUUAUACAAUGGAGAGAUAAAAUAUUUGCAUUAUUUGGACGAUUCUUUGCGAUACGUUUUUCGUUGCGUGAAAAUCACACGCCGCCAUUACGUAUCUAAUAAUAAUAAUAAUGAUAUAAUUUCGUACCCAAUUAAAAUAAGGUUUUAUACACAAUAUUCGUAAUUAUAAAAUAAUAGAAUAAUUUCUGAAUCUCUAAAAAAAUAUAUAUUAAGUUUAUGAUGAAAUGACAAUAAUAUUCCAUGGUAUAGGAACAAUAAAAGUACAGUCAAAAAAUAAAUUAUUGAUUUUUUAUCAUCACUUUAUAGAUUCGGUGCAUUAUCUUUGAAAGAAGUGACCAUAAUAUUUACAUUGCACUUCUACCCGUUGUAGAAGGCGACAAAUGGGGUUGCUUGUGUGAUUGGAUAAAGUGGAGAGAAACGUCAGGUGUUUUAUGUAAAAAGAGAAUUCUAAUGAGACUUAAAAGUAAGUUCUACAAGAGUAUGUAAGUGAGACCGACUGUGUUGCAUGGUUUGGAUUAUUGGGUAGUAGGUAGAAAAAUAGAACAGAGAUUGAGUUAAUCGGCGAUGAGAAUGUUAGCUGAAUGAGUUGAGUAACGAGAAAAAAUAAGAUAAAGAACGAGUAUAUAAUAUGAGGUAGCAUAGGAGUGGUUUUGAUAGUAUAGAAAUAUGAGAGAAAAUAGACUGAGAUGAUUUGGGCAUGCCAUGUGGAGAGAGGAAUUAUAAGGAGUUAUGAAUGCUAAUGGAAAUAAAUGUAGGAAGAAUGAGCAGAAAAAGAAGACUAAAAAUAGGUGGUUAGAUGCGUUUCAGAAUGAUAUGAGGACAUUCAAGGACAGUUAGUGUCUGCGAGGUGGGAGAUCGAGUGGAAGUUUAGGAUAAGUGUGGCAGACCUUAAUUAACUGGGAUGAAGGCAAAGAAAAAGAAGAUUAUAGAUUAUGUGUGAAGUGCGAUUACGGAGCAAUUAGGUUUUAUUAAGAUGUGUUUUUUUUCCUUCUAGGAAAGUACUUUUUGGAUUAUUAAAAAUGCUCCAUGUUUUUCGUCUCGCAAUACUAUAAAAAAUGUGGAAUUUCUGAUUGGUGGUUUUUUUCUAGAUUAUCAACAGAUUUUUUGAAAAAUUAAUUAAAUCUAACAUCAAAUGAUAAUACUUGACUAUAUUUGUCUCAAUUUAUCGGUUACUUUGGCUACAAGUUGAAAAACAUGACUCGUACCUUACCAGCUUCAUUCAAAAUCCUUUUUGGUGUAUUUCCCCGAAAAUAAAAACUAUUGUACUGUUUCUGUUAUAUACUUGUAUAAUGUAUUUAUAUGUAAUUCUGCUACUUUUGGACACUUUUAGCGGUUGCCAUUGGACCAAAUGAACUACGACUCAACUACGGGAAUUACGACUGUUUUAUAGGAGGUUUAAAGUGAAUAACUUUUGGUUUAAUUUCAAUAUGAAUUUACAAUGUUGUUGUGGAAGUAGGUCAUUCCUCAAAUGAAGUCAGAGGAUAGCAUUUUGUCUAUGCAUGGUAUAAAUAUCAAGGAUGUAUAUUUUAGGGUUUCAACAUUCGGCCCUCAAUUUGAGUAUUUUUAUUAUGCUCAAAUUUCAUUUCGGGGUUUAAAUACUCUUACUAACUAAAAUAUAAUUAAACUUUGGCAAUUAUAACAAUUUUAGAUCAAUUAUAUUUCGAAAAACGAAAUAAUAUUUCGUUGUUUUUACAAUAUUAUUUUAACAACGACAUGUCGGGUCGGUUGAGGAAAAAUUCGGUCUUAGUAACAGUGCUCUACUGAUCACAACUAUUUUUAAUUAAAAUAAUUUAUCAUUGUUUUCAGUUAUUUAUAAGCUAUAAAUUAGAUACUCUUCAAUAAUUAGCAAUCCUAUUCCUUUCCAACUUCCCACCUAAAACAGUCGUUUACUGAUGGUGUGAUUUAUUCACAAAUAGUUUAUACUUUACUAUAUAGUUAAUUUUCAUAAAAUAUAUCCAGUUGAGUUACUAAAGACCGGCAUUAUCUGCAAUUUGUAAAAUAUACAAUUUUUUUAAUGUUUUAUGUAAAUCUAAUCAAUCAUAAUAUAAUAUGUAAAGUAUAAGUUUGAUGUUAGCGUUAUUGAUUGUUUUGCAGACCGAGUAGCGCUUGUCGCUCCGCCGACAUAUGCUCACCAUUAUUACCCGUAUUGUUAUUAUCCGCCGCACCAUGGAGCCGGUGGCGGCGGAAUUGGUGUUGGAGGAGGAGGAGUAGGAGGAGGUGGAGGUGGUCACCAUGGCAGUGGAGGCGGUCACCAACAGCCUAUCUACUCGAGAUGUCCACCAGGUAAAUAAAUUAAAACACGUUAUUAAAUUACCCACCGGUAUCUUUUAAUAAAUAAUAAUACGAAGAUCGGAAAAAAUGUCUUGAUCUUUUGAUUUUUGUUUAUUAUUUUCAGCGUUAAAAAUGUACAAUAAUAUUAUGAGUCAUCCGCCGAUCAUUUGUAUGAUAAAAUUUCACAUUUUUUUUUUUUCUUGAAAGUAGUACCUAUACUAUUAUAGUUUAUAAUAUUAUUUUAGUGUUUGGGUGUUUUAUUGUUUUAAAAAAAAUAUUAUUAUAUAAAAUAGGCGGUGGAAAAUUUGGUUCUCUAGUGAAGGAGCUCUGUUGCUCACGUGUUUUUUUUCCGUACGAAAUUAAAAUGUCGCAUUACUUUGAAGUAGGUUUUUAUCCAAAGUCGAAAUAAACUAAGCCUGCAGUGACUACGUAUCACAAGACAUAUUAUUAUUUUAUUCGUUACCAGAAACGCAGUGGGUGUUUUAUUAAGAAUGAUAGAUAGCUAUAAUAACGAUAAUUGUCUGUAACAUUUUUCUAGAAAAACGUUAGGUUAGGUAGGUAAUAAAAAUUAUCCGAUUUUUUACACGCAAUACUUAUACUCGAUAUUUUUGCUCAGUGUGGUCAUUUUUUGAAGUUACUUUAUCAUAAUAUUAUAUUUUCAAUGAUAUUUUAUCUAUAUGAAAUGUUUAUAUAUUACCUCAUCCCAUUUGAAUAUUCUGAAUACACUGCCGAAACUGUUAUAACGAUAACGGUUAUAUUUUGUUCUCGUUUUCCAGACAUGUGCAAUUUUUCGGGAAUGGACACCAGCAUAUACACCACGAUGGAGCCCACCAUGUCCAACAACCCUAACGUGUUUUUUCACCGUUCCGGUAUACACCCCGGAAUGAUGUACUGAUUAUUAUUUAAGAGCAUAUUAUACUAUUUUGAUUACGUGUUUUUCUACUUUUUUUUUAAUUAUUAAAAAAAACAUAAUAUAAUAUAUUUUAUUAUAAUACGUAUAGAUGCUUAUACUUAUACGUAAUAAUCGCGUUGGAGUUUACGCGUCAAAAGACAAAAUAUAUAAAAUAAACAAAAUAUAUAAAAAAUGUCCAUCAUCAUCGGUACCGAUUUAUCAGUAUGUCAAUGAUGGAGUUUUAUAUAUAUAUGCGUUACACGAAAUAUAAUAUGCGGACAUCGGACGAGGUCGACGUGUCGUGAUCAAUUGAAAUCUUCACCGUGUUGAUAAUUAAUAAUUAUUGCCAUUAGUAUUUAAAAGUACACUAUUAUUAAUUAUUACCGUUGUGAUCGUCUUUUGUCGAUCUCUACUCUAUGUCCGUGAGAGGUGACCGUUUAGGAGAAAAAAAAUAAAUUAUGCAAACAAUAUAUUGUAUUGUAUUCGAAACUCGAAUUUUUUGAUCUUCGCUGUGACCCCUCGAAGAGAACAAAUUUCAUUGUGAAAUUCCUGUAGAAAAGAUGUCAUCGACGAUUAGAGGUUAGAGGUUCGGUAAGGUAAAUUACACGAGUCGCACACCGAGUAGCCAUUAAAUACAUUUAGGAAAUGCGUUUAAAAAAUCAACUAUUACAACAGUAACAAAAAUUAUAUAUUUUAGACAACAACAGACUUCGGUCAAAAAUUAAAAAACAUUAAGUACUUAUUACCAUUUAGAGAAUGAGUUCCUAUCUAUACAAAUGUCAUGUUUUUUUUGAAAAAUAAAUUUUCCAAUAUGCAUAUUAUUAAAUCCAGUUUUUUCUAUUUAUAAAUAGUAAUUCAAUAAUUAACAAUAUAUUGCUAAAUAAUUUUUUUUUUUUUAAAUCAUCUAGUUAAGUUUCACCCGAGCAGAUUUUGGAGAGGUUCGGGGUUAAGUCAAACAUAGCUAUUGCUGCUUAAGACACAAACAACUAUUUAAUACAUCUUAAGCAUUUACAAAUUGUGACUUUUAUGACCACACUUAUUCAUUUUGACCAAAUAUUAUAUUAUGCAAUUGUAUUGACUAAAGCUCGUUUUCAUGGAAAAAAAAAAAUACAAAUACAAUUCCAAACCUAUUUUGCAUAAUAUGUCGACAACAAACCUAUAUCGUCUACAUACUUAGAAAUUACAUUGAUUACAUUUUCAUUUAGCGUAGUUUGAAAUUUCAUACUCAGAAUUUAUUUAUACACUGAAAAUUGCCAAAGUCGACUGAAAUUCUUUCUGUAACUCUUUGUAAAAUAUUUUUAGAAAAAUUAUUUUUUUCGACUAACUUUUAAUAUUAUUUCUAUUGUUUGUAUGUUAUUCGGGACACAAUUCCAGUGUAAGAGUACAUACCUUACUUACCUCUAAUCGAACGACGGCAUUUUAUUUUGUUGCUCUAUUCGUUCUGAUGCCAUUUUAUUAUUAUUAUAAUUAUUAUUUUCAAUCAUGUUUAAAUGUGACGGUGUUUUAAGAAUGUUUUUUUUUUUUAUUUUAUGACGAUAUUAUGUAUAUAAACAAUAUAAUACAUCGAACAGUUUGUAAUUAUUUAAGUAUAUGAUAAUAAUAUAUUAUAUAGAUAAUAUUUUAGACGUAAUUACUUUUAAAAAAAGUAUUGUGCGGGCGAAUGUAAUGAUUUAUUUUUUUUAAAAUAUGUAAACAGAACUUAUGAUAGUUGUAAUAUUCGUAUAUAAUAGUAUGUGUGCAUUUCGUUGGUAUAUAUUAUGUACAUUUUUUAUUAGGUAUUUUAUUUUUUUUUUUUUUUUAUAGAUUUGUUCAUCACAAAAUAUUUUAUACCAUAUCGAUAGGUUCAGUUUUUGUUUUACAUACAUAUUUUCGUGUAUGCAUAAUAUAUAAUAUCAUAUUAUGAUAUUAUUUUGUAGCAAAUAAUUUUUUAACUUUCUUACAUUCCAUUUACUUUGUAUUAUAUAUAUAAUUUUUUUUUUAGCUUAUGCGAUAGAAUAAAAAUAUAUUUUUAAGGGAAUUAUAAAUUACUUACUAAAGAGGGGGGGGGGAUGAAUUUCAGUGCCAAAAUAUAUGCUUCUUAUCACAACCAUUUAAUGUAAAAUACUAUUUUUUUUUUCUUUUUAUCUUUUAAACUGGUGAAAUGUAAAUACGUCUAAAUUAUAGAUUCAAUUAUUUCUGAGAGGAGUGCUGUAGUCAAAAAAAUUGUAAUUAAAAAAAAUACGCAGUGUAACGCAAUUGUUUCGUUUAUAAUAAUUUCGUAAACGAUAUUCUUAUAUUGCGCAAGGUUAGGUUAAAUAAACGCGCAAAAUAUGUAUCAAGUAAAAAUAAUUGUGACAUUCAAAUGACCAUAAAAUAUUAUUUAUGUAAUGAUUACCAGUUUAAACCCGUUUAGGUACAAAUAAUUAUAAAUGUAAUGUACUUUUAAAAUGUGGGUAUAAUUUUAUUACUUACUAAUUCUACAUAAGCUACAUAAACUCUUUAAGGGUUGCUCCCUUAUUUAUAUUUCAUAUUAUAUUUGUUACGGUUACCCGUAUAAUAAUAUCAUAAUAUAUAUAUAUAUAAUAUAUCAUAAUAUCAUACUCAAUAUAGUUUAUGUAUUUUAUUAUAUUAUUAUUAUAAUUAUUAAAUAUUAAAUUAUAAAUCGAUAAAUUAUUGCUCAUUUAAUACGUAAGAACAUCAUAGAUUAAUAUAAUAUAUUAUUAUAUUUUUUUAGAUUUAGUAAGAUACAUUAUUAUAGUUUUUUUGUAAUUUGUAUGCUAUAUAGUAUAUACUUAUAUAAUUUUACUCAAUGUGAAAUAAACAGUAC